UUUGGUAGAUGUAACCGGAAAUGUUCUUACGGUCGUUGUGUGUCCAUCUAACACUUCUCCGACACAGCAAGACAGAUGAUAAACAAGUAGAGAGACAGUCUAUAUCAGACUAUUUCAAGCCAGUGUUGUUCUUCUAAGGAUCACCUACAGAAGUGCAGUCCCUAUGCUACACAAGGCAUGGCAGAGAGACAGGACAAUGAGGUAACAUGAGCUUUGAAACCUUGGCGGCACAGGGGUUUCCUCAGUGUGAGAAAAUAUGGCAUAUACUCUGUCUUUUUUGCCAGAAGUCAGCACAGGCCGAUUUAAGAGAACACAGAGAUGAAAACAGUCGCUUGUCAGUCGAGCUGGGCUGAAAUCUGGAAACGAAGUUCUGUUAGCGGUUCAGUUCAGUACCCAGCAGCUAGCAGCGACUGAGGCUGAAACCUGAGCAUGAACACCGGUCAGUUUAGCUCGGGAAUAACAUCAAGUUGGAAGAUUUUUCAGGGGGUAAACCUAGUGUAACCUUGCAUAGAUAAAUUUAAAGAGAGUAUGUUAAACUGCUAACAGAUUCACGUUAUUUCAAUGUUGCUUCUCAUGUCAUCUGUAUUUCAGUGGAAAUCAUGAUUGAAAUGAACUGAAGAGGGAGCUCAAAGAUAGAAGUUUGUUUCUCGUCACUGGACUAGGUAGCCUAUAGAUGCAUUAUGACAGAGUCUUUAGGGCACUAUGCCCUUUGUUUUAUUAGUUAUUUGGAGGAUUUCAAGAUUUAACUCGUGAAUUAUUUGCGAGAACAAAGCGGUAAACAUGGAACAUGAAAACGAAGGUCUUCUGACAUGACAUUUCCAGUGUGUGGUUGGCCUGUGUGUCACACUGUAAGGCAACCUUGAGUGCUUUGAAAGGCGGCUAUUAUAAAUAAAAUAGAUGAUUAUUAUUAUUAUUAAAGGGGAAUAUCAGAAGAGCAGCCACCUGAAGAGUUAGGCAGAAAAACAGCAAUUUCAUUCACUGCCAAAGUCUUAGUUUCUCAGUAACUUUAUCAAAAACUGAGACAGACUUAAAGGUUUUUCUUGUGUCAAAAAAUGUCUGUUGUGACUAUGCAAAACUACACUGCUCUAAUCAAGUCCUCGGUAUGUUAUCCAUAUCCAGCUCUGAUGAAUGAGCAGCAUUCAUUGUGCCUCACUGCAAAAGUCUGAACACUGUCACAAUAGUUGUGUGUCUGUUCAUAAGGUGGAGGAGGCUGACCAGAUCUACCUGCUGAUGAAGGAGGAGUAUCGGAUCUCCAGGAAUGUGCGUCUUGCAUGGUUCCUUGGUAAACUAAACCAAGUCAUCUGGCCAACUUCGAAGCCUGAACUAGUAAGCUAUUCCUGACAUUUACCUACUUUUUAUGUUCUUAUGGUGGUCCAGUCACAUCAAAAUGGAGAAGGACUGGUGGUUCAGUCCUUGGCAUAGGUAUCUGCAGAUUUCUAACAUGAAAUGUAAGUCAAGCAUACACUUUUUGAUAAAACAGCAUUUUUCAGUUUCUACAUCUGAUAUGAUGUCUUUGCUCUAUUUUCAAUGAAAUAAAGGGUUGCAAAUAAUCAAAACAUUGUCAAUAUUUUCAACAGUGUCCUGAUUUUUUUUUUAUUGUGGUUGUCUAAAUGACAUGUCCAUGGUACAGAGCUAUAUUGAAGUCAACAGAUGUCUCUGAAAUGCCAGAGUUAAAAGAAUAUAAAUGAACUGAUAAUCUGAAGCUGGAGAAGGUAAAUGUGAUCAUUAGAAAACCACAUCAGAGAUAUUGAUAUGAAGUCUCUGAUGUCCUGUUUGUCUCGCUUUUUAUUUACAGCUGAACUCAGAGAAUGAAUUGGACUUGCUAAGCAUCUUACCUAAAGGAUGGCAGCUGGAGUUUUCCCCUACAAUGUGCCCCUACAUAUUAAUGCCAUCCUCCCGGGCCACUUUUCUGGCCCGGAGGUACCGCUUCAUCAUCGAGCUGGACCUCAGCCCUUCCACGCUGAUUGUGGUAUGUCUUAAAGGUUACUUGGUGGUUUCUUGGUUUGAUCGGUUCAGUUGCAGUCAUCUGGUGUCCUCUAAUUUUAAAAAGUGUUUCUUAUGCUAUUUUGAGAUCAGAGAGUAUGAAAUCAAAGUACAGUCACCUCUCAACAUUAACGUCCGUACUGCAUAUUCUCAUUUCUGCUUAGAAAAAGUAGACCAAAGGUUGCAACUGAAAAGUCUGAACAGUAAAAUAUAUCAUGAGAUGACUACAGAACAGUGGGACACCACAUUACUGUUAUGCUAGUUUACCUCAUAUUCAAAGCCAGUAUGAGGAAUUUACUAAUGUGGACCUGCAUCAGCCCACGACUGACAUCCUGUGCAUCAUCACUGAAAUUCUUACAGUCUUCACGUUUAUCAUUAUAGAUCUCAAACCAGAGGGUGAUGUGCACUGGUGAAGAAAAGCCUCUAAACUAGCCUCCACAAGUGAAUGAGCAGAUAAAUGAAUUCUUUGUCUGAAGUUCUGGCAUGUGUCUGUUUUUGUUUCCAGGAUGACAGCACAGGAGAGAUGAUCUUUGACGGGGUGUUUCACGCCUUGUCAAGGUGUCUAGCUGGUCUGGCCCAACCAUUUAAAGUCCCUGGAACUGAUGAACUUUUCAAACCCAAGAUUUUCAUCACCAUCUUGGUUUAUUCAUCUAUCAUUGGUCUCACUUCUCAUCAGGUCAUUACAUUGUUUUCACACCAAUCUUUUUAGGUUCCUAGUAAUGAUUUAAGAGCUCAGGAGUCUUGGACUACAGGAUGUAAAAUGAGCACAUAAGAGAGAGAAAAGAUCCAAAAGGCUUCUUGUUUUGGGGUUGAAGGUUUCAAGUGUGAAGGCUGUGUCUGUAAGGGUUUCUGAUGGUGUCUGUGUGUAAAAGUGAGGCAUUUUGUCUUUAUUUAAACUCAAACUAAAUUAACUAAAAAUUAAGGAUAUAUUAAAGUUAUCCUCCAUUUAUGCGAGUCCUUAAGGGCAGUUCUGUUUUUAGUUGAAGCUUCAGAAACAUGAACUUGAAUCAUUUUCUUCACAGCUCCAGAUUCUUAAUACUUGAAGUGUAUUUGUUCACAGGAUGGGCAUUUUAGCAUGUGUAGAAGAUGGUGAAAAUUUGAGAGAACAUGUGUAACUGACUCAGAGUCCAAAUGCUGACUGACUGAGCUCCUACAGUCAUACACCUGAGAAUGACGAUCUUUCAGAACUCACUUUCUUAUUAGCAGAGACAGUAAGAGAGAUGGUCUGUUAGACUCUUCUGACUGUCAGCAGACUAUAUCUGCUGUCACUUGUGAACUCUGAUGUUGGCUUUAAGUGAGCCACUCGUGAAGUGAAACUUUUCUGAUGUCAUGUUUCUGUGCUCUCCAGAGAUGGAAUAAGUAGUGAGCAGUUCGUACUUAGUCGUGGAAUAAGAAUAAUCUCUGUUAUCACUUUAUAGUGAAUAGACUCACGUUGUUGUGAUUCCCUCAAUAAAUCUAGUUUCUGAUGUUAUAGCCGUUCAGAGUGUCAGCCUCACUCCUUAACUUUCAUUUAUGUCAUGACUGCAGUCAAAAGUCACCAGCCUGACAGUUAAAAAAUUCUUGUUUUGAUGGUUUUUUGGAAAUGCUUUAAUUAAAUCUGUUUGCUCUUGUAACCCAUGCACACUUGUGUUCUAAAUUCUCUUCUGCUAUAACCUGUUGUGGUCUGUGCUGCUAAAUUUUUAAACUCAGGGCCACUUGUGAACUUUUAAAAAGUUAGAGUAUAAGGCUCUUAUUAGUUUCCAUGUGAUUCAUACAGCUGUUGUUGUUGUUGUUGCUGUUGUUGCAGUCAUCUGACAGCCUUUCACUUUCCUUCAGGUUUUGGUACAAGGUUGUCAACUUGACAGGAUGGAUCUCGAUGAGUUCCUGCAUCAGAUCUAUCAGCAGCUCAGAGCCGUCGAAAACAACAUUGCACAAGUCCUUCAUCAGCAGCAUGAACAGGUAAAACUGAGCAAAGUUAAAUUAUUUUAAUGGGAGAUAUGGAAUGUUGCCUAUCAAAUGACAUAUGUAAAUUACAAAUAUCAUAGCUUUCAUAAGUAAUUGCAUUGCAUUGAAAUUAUUUUUUUAAAUAUGAAUUCUCAUAUAAUUAAUACACUUAUAAUUGUGUCAAUGUCAGCAUGUUAAUACACUGGGGGAUAUUCUCCAUUCUUUUCUCACCAUCUACAUAUCAAAUAUGCCUACUCACAUUAACAAUGAUAACUUACAUGAAGUACCACAUGUUUAUCUAAAGAUGAUUUGUUUAAUGGUUACUGCUUUCUGAAAUCUGUCAAAAUAGGUCUAAGCUGUUGCACUGUGUGUCAUUGUUACGAAAGGAUACAGGAUAAUACCUAGCCCAUACAAAACAAAGGUUCCUUCUCCUGCAGCUAAAUGCUGAAAUUUCCUUGGGUGAGGCACCAAACCCCAAAUCACUCCUGGUAUCAUUGUCAGCGGAGUAUGAAUACUUAUAAGUGGAGAAGUGGUCUUAAAGACAUAGAUCUCUAUACCACUCCAAGUCUCCUCAUCAUCAACCACCACACUCAAAGUUUAGGGAAAUUUCUAAUUUAAAAAAUGUUACCCUAAUGAUAAUGAUAAAAAUAAUAAAAAUAAUGACAAUGCUGAUAAUUAUAAUAAUAAUUAUAAUAAUAUUGGUAGUAAUAACAAUAUUAUCAACAACCUGCAGUAACCACAACCCCAGCAUGUAUCACAUCCCACACCCAGCUAAAAUUAUUUGUUUAUUAAUUACUUUAUUUAUUCCCCAGACUUGAAUGGUUUUGUCUCAGACCUCCCAGUGUUAGAGCUGGCUCACUUUGCUGACUCCUCAACUGAGACCAGUUUUUUAUGACCGACCUGAGAGCAGCACCUACAGUUCAUAUUUUUAAACGCAAACUCGAGGCCUUCCUUUUUAGUCUGGCUUUUUAGCUGAUUUUUGUUUUAUUCCUCUAGCCUCUCUUUUAGUCUACUCUUUUUAUCUUGUGUAUUUUACUCCAGUUUAGUCCCAGAAUUAUUAUUUUAUGUUUUAAAACUAUUUGUUUAUUUUCUUUUAUUGUUUGAUUUAAAAACAGUUUUAUUGUAUGAUAUUUUAUUAUUACUCUUUUAUUUCAUUUUAUUUUUUUAUUAUUUUAUGAGUUUCCUAUAUCUUGUCAUAGUUUUAUCAGUUUAGUUUCAGCUCCAGUGUUUCCCCAUUUUAGUUAAAGAUAGCGUUUCCUUGGUCCACUGGGGCUUCCUGCUGAGCCCUGACUUGGUGUCCCAGGUCCCAGUGUGUGUGUGUGUGUGUGUGUGUGUGUGUGUGUGUGCGCAUGGGUGGGUGGGUGGGGGGGUCUCUGUUAAAUGCGGGCUUUGAGGGUGGGUGGGGGUGGGGUUUUGCAAUUUGUAUUUUAUCUUGUAUUUUAUUCGGUAUCCCCUGAUCCUCUCCUUCUUCUGUUCUUUAAUGUACAGCACUUUGUGAUACAGUCCAUGUAUGAAAAGUGCUCUAUAAAUAAAGUGAUUGAUUGAUUGGUUGACAUAAUGAAAGCAAAUCUAUGUGCAGCAAAAUAUCCGCCCUGUAUACAAAUGAGCAUAAUUACAAAUAACACCAGAUUUACCUAUACUGGUGCUGGUAGCAGCAUGCAGUUAGAGUGAAACUUUUAAAGUCUGCUAAAAGUAGGGGGUAAUUACAAGGCAUGCAGUCUUCAUUUUGGUCAAAAUGAGCUGCGAUUUGUUAGCAUUUAAGGAAGACAGACAUAUUUAAGAGAUCUAAAUCACAUCUGCCAUGUACCAACUCCAAGAUAAACUGGUAAAAACACUUUCUCCAUUUCCAGCUCAUUAUCAUACAUGCAUAGAAUUUAGCAUCAUCUGGAUUAGAGCUACAAAAAUAGUGAGUGUUCUUAUGUUUGAAUAUCAGUGACACUGUAUGCUUUAUGAGUUUCACUUGGAGACUGUGAGACAAACAUAGACCGGCCCUCAGUGGGCCAUAAAGUCCGGGUCUAUGUGGUCAAACCUGGUCUGUUGCCUGUUUGAACACAUAAGUGGAGUUUAUCUAUUGUACUACAGUACAGAAUUGCUUCACUGGGUGUUGAGGAUGUUGCUGAUAAAAUGAAACUCCUAAUUGACAAUUGACUGUGGAGCCACUCGGUAACCUUUGCUCUCAUUGGCUCAUAUCUUUGAUGUAGUGAUCGGCUUGAGAGUGAAAAUGGGUAAAGGACACGCCCAAAUUGCUCAAAAGUGUAAUGAUCAGAUUAACUAGUUGAUGUAAAGGAGUGAAAUCAAACUUUUGCUUUGUUAGACAUGUCGGUGAAUAAGUGUUUUUUUUUUUUUUUUUAGCCUGUUGAUCCAGAUGAAACCUCAGCUGUCCAUAGCGACAACCUGGAUGAGCAGCCACAAAGAAGGCAAGGAAUUUCCAUGGUGUCAGCUGAUAUGGGUCUUGUUAGCAUGGUACGCCAAGGCAUCCUGGCCCUGCAGCUGCUGCCUCCAAACUCCAGUGCAGGUAGAUUUUACUGUAGUAAAUGGAGCUGUCAUUAGUUACAGUUGUUGGAAGUUCCUCUCCUGAUUCCAUAUUAUUCAGAUCGAUUAGAAAAGAUAAAUCCUAAAACUGUGAAGCCUGUAGUUAUCCAGGACUUAAGUUUUAGCUGCUAAGAUGACAGGAGUAGCUGUGUGAUAAAGACAAAGAAGCCAUCAUGGUCUGCAGAAAUUCUGUUUUGAAUCAAACACUAUCAUUAUGUGACUUUGGGAUUAAUUGACAGUUGUGCGUUUCAGGAAUCAUUGUAAUCACAGAUGGAGUGAUGAGUGUUCCUGAUGUAGCUGUAUGUGAAACUCUGCUGAACCAGCUCCGAAGUGGAACUAUUGCCUGCUCCUUUGUGCAGGUAAAGACAAUAACAUCUGUAGGUUUGUUUAGAGGAAGUGUGUAGCUUCAACUUCUACAAUAACACAGGCAUCAGAGAUAUGUUUUAUUUAGACACAUGAAUACAAGCUACAAAAAUAACCUGGUAACUCUUUGCUCUGUGGGUCAAAUGUUACAUCCUAAGCAUGAAACACACCAGGGCAGAAUUAAUUGGAGUAUAUUUCAUCAUAUGGGACACUUAGUUUAUAUAGAUGUUAUACAGGAAAAAUUCCUAAUAAAAAAAAAGAGAAUCUUGCUCUUUUAAAAAAAUAAAAAGGAGGACACGUGUGUUGAGAUGUAAUCGCUCUGCUGGUCGUUGUUUUUCUCACUAUCCAGGUUGGCGGUGCCUACUCCUAUGACUGUAGCUUUGGCUACAUUCCCAAUGUAGAACUGAUGAAGUUCAUCUCAUUAGCUACCUUUGGUUCAUACCUGCCAAGCUGCCCCGAGGUGGAAGUUAACUGCCAGGAGAUGAACGCCUACCAUAAGGCCUUUCUGACCUAUUCUUUCCUCAAGACCCCGGAGUCCAUGAACUCAGAGUACUUCUGUGGUAAGACAAAUAUGUAUGUGGGGUAAACCUAGACUCCAAAGUAUCCGAGUUUCCCUGUGCGCUGGUUUUUCUUUUGUCCUGUUGAAUCAAAAUGUCCAAAAUUGACUGAUUGGCUUUUUGUUAUAAAGCUGAUUUAAAUAUAACAUUUGUUUAGGCCCACAGAAAGAGAAGAAGAAUACAAGAGCAGUUUAACAUCUUAAAAAUGCUAAGAGAUUAUGAUCAACAAUAAAAACAUCAAUGAUUCAUUGAUUUAAUACUUAAGCUUUAAAGGACCCCUAUGGCCUCCACAAGCCUCCAAUAAUGUUGAAUUAUUUAAAUAUACUGAUGCCAGCAGUCUACAACCAUCGUCUAUCAAUUAUAGUCAUGUUAAUGAUGAAGUACAUCUGCACUGAUAUCACCAAUGUUUUGUAGUUUCCCAGCACAAACUGUUCAAUGAGCACUUGGUGUCAGCCAGCGGGAACCCUGCUCUGGUCAUGCGAAGGAAAAAACACACAGAAAAGGAAGUCCAUGCUGAUUUAAUCAGUGUGGUGUCUGUGCGACUGAGAGAAGGCUACACCAUCAGAGAGAUCAGCCUCACCAAAGGUAAACAAAGGGCUUUCCUUCAAAGACUCAGAAGCUUCAGUAAUCCUGGUCCAAGCUGAUGGUUUCUUUUGACACGUGUUUUUCUCCCGCUGCUUUUUGCUCUUUAACCUAUGAAAGCAUGAAAUACUGCACCUUACCCUUACAGUCAUUAAGUGCAUUAAUAUAACUGUGUCUAUGUGUGUGUGUAUGCACAUGUGUGUGUGUGCAUGCAUGAUUUGGACAGCUGUACGGCAAAGGCAGUAAUAAAGUAACUCUAAACAUGUUUAGGCGGGACUCAGCUGGAGGUGAAGCUGGUGCUACUAUGGAAACACAACAUGCAUAUAGAGUACUUGGCAGCUGCUUCCUGGCCAUUGGAUCCUGCCAAGAGAACCACCAGGGUAGAGGUGACCAUGGAGGGAAGCUACGACAUCCUGCAUGAUAUCAGUUGCACCCAGAGGAAACCCAUCACGAGUCCAUACCGCACCUCUGUCAUUCGGCGCUUUUGGAACACACUGCAAAGGUACACGCUCCUGAAGGCAGAAGUGUUAACCAGCAAUUCAAUAAAACUAAGACAGACCUCUGUCUCAAGUGUAAAUAUUUACAGCACUUUUGAUAAGAAUGAACUCUACACUUUUAAAGCUGGAUGUUUGCUGUGUUUGUUGUUUCAGUAUCAAUCAGACCGAUCAGAUGUUGGUGCACCUCCAAUCAUUCAAUUCAGGUCCUGAGAACUACAUGAUUCCUGAGAGCACCAAAAAUGGAGUUCCCCUAUUCUACAUCCCUCCUGGCUCCACAACUCCUGUACUAUAUGGACCUUUAUCAAUCAUACGAAAGCAGUGUUGUGUUUUAGAUAAAUUAAUAAUGGUCAUUAAGAUGUGUGAUGUAAAGAUGAGUGAAGAAUACGCUCUGAUUGCACUCAGUAAAUCUUUCAUUUGAUAUUAUGAGAGCUAGUUUACAUUUGCAUUAUUGCAAACAGGCCUGCUGCUACUUAGUUUUCACUGUAUAAAGCUGUAUAAUGAGAAAAAAGAACAUGGACCUUAUCCAUAAAACACCAGUAUUUUCACUGUAUCAAUUCAAGCUCAAACUGUUAAUGACUGCUGAACCUUUUCUCUGUUUGGAAACCUACAACUUAAUAACUGUCUUUUUUAGGUCUUGUCAUUGCAGCACGGUGGAUCCAAAGACUCCUCUCAGUCCCAGUUUGCUUCUUACUGGAAACCCAUCCUCUCUAUGGAUGCCAACUUCUGGCAGAGAUGGCUGCACAUGCAUCGCAUUGCUAUCAUCCUGGAACAUGACAUGUGAGAGUUACAAAGUUGUAGUGCAAAGCUAAAACUAAAAAGUAAAGCAGGACAUUUUGACCAUGCUUGAACCAGAACCAUAGAAAAAACAACACCAACUCAUGAUUUCUGAUUUAUAAAGCUCAAAAACCACUGUAUUUCUUUUAUUUUGAAUCAUUGUGUCUCUCCAGGCCCAUCCCCAAACAUUUACAUACAGCUGGAAACAACGGCCGUUACAGCACCAUUCAGUGUCGGAUCUCCCACUCUGCCCUCACAUCACUGUUGAGGGACUGGAGUAGCUUUGUGCUGGUCGAGGGUUACUCAUAUGUUAAACUGAUAUACAGGUGAGGCAGAAGGUUAUGGUUUGAUGUUCAUUCAAAACUGAUCAAUGGUGUCAGCUGUUUUAGAUCCAAUCUCAAAACAGCUGAUAAUUAUUCCAGUAUCCGGUAACUUCAAUUUCUCUAAACUAGAUAAACUUCUUCUUUCGUGAGCUCACUGUCCCAUAAUGUCAUAAAAGAAACAUAACUUUUGCUGUUGUUAUACAAAGUAUGAAAUCUUUUUACAGUUCAUCUGACCAGCCACCCACCUCCUUCUAUCUGGUCCGUCUCAUAUCCAAGACUCCAUGUAUGGUCCUGCGCUUAGGUUUCCCUAUUGGUACACCAGCACACAUCAGAAACAAGGUACUAAGAGAGAAGCAUACAAGGACACAACAUUAUAUCUGUAAAUAACACAACAGCUGACAGAAAUGUUAGGACAUGAAAAUGAAAAUGUGAACAGUUUCAAAAGCAGGAUCUUAAAUGAAGUGUGAAUGGGCAGAAAGGCCUAAAGAAGAGCGAGGAGUUUAGCAACUGUUGAUCUGUCUAAUGUGCUGUUUUGGACUCCCAUUCAUAUUAGGACAUUAUUGAUAACAAUGACUCACAAUGCAAUAAAUAUACUUAUAGUUUAUAAUGAUGUAUCCGUUCCAGGCAUAUCUUUUACUAAAUAAGUCACUACUCAGCUUCAAGCAUCUGUCAGUCAUCUUUGGGCAGGUUGAUAGUGAUCAAUGAUCUGCUCUAGAAGUUGAGCUAAAAACAACUGACAGGUAAAUCAGUCUGAAUGUCUGUUGAUCAGUUCAACCUCAUUUUUAAUGUCUGUGAAGACAGCAUGUCUUAAAGUCUCUGAAAUAUUCCAAGAAUCUAAGUGAUGCUUUUUUUUCUCUGUGGUCUUCACUGUUUGCACAUUUGUCUUCACUGUCAGAUUGUGGAUGAGUUGAGAGAGCAGAUCCUGAAACUCCGCUUCCCCCACCGUGUUCAGAACAAAGAGGCAACUCCAAAGACUAAAAGGAAGAUUGUUGGCCAUCCAUCGCCGUCCAAAUCUCCUUCCAUCCCUGCUCCUAAACCUGCACUUUCAGACAGACAAUGUGUGGUGGUGCUCAAUAAGCCUUUAGAAAAACUUCUCAUAAGGUCAGUACAUCCUUUGACGAGGCAUCAGUGACUCAGUAACUGCUCUGACAUCAGCCUCUGUAGGCUUGUGACAAGAAGUGAGGCUUACAGUGAUCAGGAAGAGCAAUUUUCUCUGGACUGGUGUUAAUGAAAUGAAAACCCGUGUGUUAUAGGUAUGAAAAGCUACCCCUGGACCUCCGGACUCCUUUCAUCUUCCACAUGGAGAACUUCCCUCCUCCCUCAAACAAUGCCAUUCCCCUAAGCAUCGCAGCUAACCGGACUGCUUCCUCGACUCUGGCCUCUCUAUCACGCUACUUCCUGCACCAGCGCUGGGUGUGGGCUGUGCAAAACAGCCAGGGACUGACUGUGGCCAUGCAGGCUGUGGCUCACAUCCUGUCCAUGCUCUCUGAGUGAGUUGAUGCACCAUUUUUGAUAAGACACUGCUGCCAUAUUUGGUUGUACUUCAGAAGUACUUCUAAUACAGCUGCUCAGUAAGGAGCAAAGGUCAAAGCAUUUACCAUGUGUCCUUUAUGUUUCAAACUCAACUAAACACAGAGGCUGAAGUUUCUGGAAAGAAAGAAUUUAAAAAACUUUGAUGUGGAAUACACACCUGUAUGAAAUCUGUUCAUUCAACCCUUUUCACAGGAUCCGCUUAUCAGAGGGCUUUCACUUUGCUGCCAGUGGAGACGGCAUUGUUAACAUGGUGAUAGAGCUGCCAAUGAAGGUGAAGUACAGCAGGACCUCAAAUCUACCAGAACACUUUAUAUAUCAAACUUUCCUGUUUUUUUAUUUUCAUUUUAAACAAUAAAAGUGUUUUUUUUUUAACCAUUUCUCUAUAUUUUACUUUUCAUUCUCAGGCUGUGUCCGGAGACACUGACAGAGAAAGUCACUCUUGUAUUGUUCAGUACAUCCUGUUUCCACCUCACUCCACAUCAACCAAGGACAGGUAAGACUCGAGGACCAACUGGACCUUGUUUUCAGCCAAGGUCCUUUGCAGGACUCCGUAUUUCUUUCCACCUCUGGUCCAUCUCUCCCCAGCCUUCCUGUGUCAAUGCCAACUAGGAAUCAGAAAAAGUACUCUUCAGUAGGUCACACUCAAAAUAAGAGUUUUAGCAGCGAUUAAAUGAGUAUUAACUGUUAAAGUCAAACUCAGCAGAACCAACACAUGUUGGUCUGUGUUGAUCCUCUCUCCUUUUCCCGUUUUUGCAGACCAUCAAAAAAGAAAAAAAAGGACAAAAUAAAUAAUCACUUUACUCUUGUGUGAGUCAGACUUACAGGACAAUUGCAGCUGUUUUGGCCCAGCUCCUACAGGACACAUAAAUAACUUUAUGUAGGUUACCUUAGUGUCCAAAAGUUCCGUGACCUGGCCCUGCUCCUAGAGUAACAGAUCCCAGGCAUUGACUUUUCUGAGUAGAAUAAGUUGACAAAUCUUUGCUGUAAAGAUUGUUGAUCUUUAAAUGCAUUAAGUUUAUUUGCAGAUGACCUGUGUAAGUGUUUGAGGAGGAACAUAAUCCAAUUUUAGGCUUUCACGGGAAAGCUUCUUCUAUUAAUUAUAUAUUUCACUGUUAACUCCCUGCAGCGAGGAAAUGUGAUUCAAAAGUCGGUAACAGUGUUACCUAGUUCAUUUGUUGUUUUGACAUUUUUCAGUUCUGAAAAUGUCCAAUAAUAACCUUCUAAAGACCCGACUGUCUGUCGCCCCUUAAUAAGCUAGUGAAGUGGUAGCUCAUUGGGAUAUGGCCUGUAUAUCUUGGGAUUCACGGUGGCUCUUCUUCACAGCCUGCCACUAAAUCUGCAGUUCCUUGUGAGAUAUUCUGUCCUGUUUGCUCGUACGGUGUCAGUGUUUUUUAACAGGCUGCCUUGUUUCUCGUCUGUGAAUCCAGCUUCUCCACUGAUGAUGACAACGACACUGAAGUGGAGGCUGUAGACUUGGACACAGAGCUGAACCUGGUGACAGAGUGCUGGGUAGAACCACAGAGUGGCACAGUGAUGAACUGCAUGGAACAGCAUUGCUACUUCAAGAACCUCAAGUACCAGGAGAUACCUCAAGCAGUGCGUAUAACAAGUUAAUAUAGAACCAGGUCUGAUUAUUAAAGUGUGGGUUUGGGUAAGAGGGUAACAUCUUUGUGUGCAUCCAAAUAUCGUGGAACAGUGGUCAAAUCUUUUUAAGACUAUCAGAUUGUGUUUCAUACUUUCUGUCUGUUUUAUAGAUAUUCCCCAGAGAUCUGGCCUGUGUGUCCACUAUGAUGACCUUUGAGUAUUUGAGCCAACUUUGUCAGAAUAAGGACCAGGUCUGCUCGCUUCCUGCUGGAAUGAAGGAUCGGCGGGGUAAUGAAAAAGUCACUGUCUCCUUAAUAUUGAUAUGCUGAGUGUCCCAGCUUCAGCUUGCUCAGACUGACAGCUCCAAAUGAGCUCCAAGGUUGAUGGUGGACAGAUGAAGUUCAGUCAUAAAAACAGGCUGUAGAAUUGUUAAUUUAAUGAAGUUUGUUCAGUUGAAAGUUCAAGUAUAUGAAAUCAACAGACUGUACCAACAUUCAAAUGACCUUCUGAGGUGAGAAGAUGUGCUUGUGAGACCUAAACUGAUGAAAUUAAAUGUGUCUGUGUUUGCAGAAGAAGCCUUGGCAUCUGAAGAGAGCAUUCACAUGGUUCCCUUUCAGUUUGACCUCAUUCAGCUGCUUCCUAAAUGCCAGCAGGUUGAGCUGUUCUUCUACACAUUUGGUUCAGGUACAAUAGUCAUGUAUCUGAACAGAGGACUUGAAUGAAGCCUUUUUAUUCAUUUCUUUUCAAAUAUGUAUAUUUUUAACUGUUUUAGAAACAACCUUUUUUGUUUACAAGUGAGUCUUCAUCUCCAACAGGAGAUAACGAGGAGCAGGUCCACAGCUCUCCCUGUCCUCCAAACGAAGUCCUAUUGAGCCUGUUCCACAGCAGCCUAGAGCAUGAGCUUAGUGACAGAGAGAUCUUCCUCACUGAGUGCGACCACGCUGCCUUCAUGCUGCACAUUUUGGAGCGGGAAAGAGACGGCCAUGGGGCUCCUUUCUCCUUACCUGUAAUAAAAGGUCAGUACAUGUCUCUUAUUUGACCGACUCCCACAUUACACAGUGACAGGGCUCAGGUGAUGACGUUUACCUGCUGUUGUCCUGUGGUCUCAGUACACAGGGUUACCAAAGGGCUCAGUGUGGGUAUAUCUUAAUGUCUCCAUUUUGUGUCAUGUAUCAGAAGAGUGUAUGAAGUCCACAGAAAGACACGACACCAUGAUGUCUUUCCACACCACCUGUAGCAGCAAAGAGGUGAUGGGAUCAACAAGCACUUUACAGGUAAAUCAGUCCUGAGAAGAAAAUCUCCAUUGGCCUGGCAAAAGGCAGGGGGAGAUGAGUGGGGGAUACUCUAAACUGAUGAAUGAUCCGAUUCAUGAAUAACAAAUAGAAUAAUAAAUGCAUGUCGAUGAUAUAUGACAGAUUCAGGUGGUCCACUGAGUCUCUUUAUCUCUUUGUUUAAAUGAGUCUACUGGUCCUUACGACUUUACCAUAAACAUCUACUCUCUCUGCUUCUUACAGAGUUUCAGUAAUGCCGACUUUGUGGACGAAGAGCCCCUGCUGGGACCACAGGACUGCUCCACCCCACAGUGGAGGUGCUAUGCCAAGUACAUCAGCUCACAGCAGAUUCUCCUCACCAUUCUUCCUGCUUCCUUCACAGGUACACCUUCAGUUUUUAAACUCAUGUUCAGCUGUUUGUUUGGUCAAGAUCACUCAAAAGUGAGCUCCAUUUUCACUUUGCAGAUGUUUUAAGGUUGAUGGCAUCAGGGCUGGAGACAGAGCCUCAGAGUAACAUGAGCACACAAGAGGAUGAUACUCUGACACCCAGCAACAGAUCCCAGGCUGACUCCCUUUCUGGUUCCACUAAUGGUCUAGAGAAGUCUGAGUCCGGCCUGAAUUUGGCCAGUAAACUACGAAGGAGCUCAAGUAGUGGACACUUCCCCAUCAGGUCCCCGAUACUCUCACCACCUUCCCAGAGCCAAACUGGGAAUGUUGAAUCUCUCACCCCAGAACACCACUGCUUGGACGACAGAGUGUCCGAGAUAGAAUCUGGAAACUCAGGGACAGGUCUUUUUAUGGAGUUUUAUUGUUUUAUCGGAGUUAAUAUUUAUAUAUUCUACUCAUACCUGGUAUGGGAAAAUAUUAACUUCUACAACUUUUUCAGAUCUCGGAGAAAAAGAGGGAGUCCAAUUCUCUGAACCACAGAAAGCAGAUUUCCACAUCAGCUUCAGCCAGCAGGUUCCUCAGCAGAGUACCAACGACUGCAACCAGCUGAAGUGUCCAGUUUAUGUUUACAACUGCUCCCUGGAGCACCUGAAGGAGCUGCUGGUGCAUCCCAACUCCAGCCGCCAACCUAAGGACAUUUUCUUCAGGUAAUAGAAGAGAGAAAAGGCAAGAGCCAGAUAGUGACAGAAAAUCCAAAACGUGUUGUACAGCCACAGUUGCAAUCAGGACAGACCUGAGAUCUGGAUCUUUGUCCAGCUAAUACACUCACUGUAAGCUGAUACCUAAAUUACAAGAAAAGGAGCAGAGUUCAAGUUUACUGUGAAAGUUUUUACCCACAAUUCAUCUGCAGUGUGACUCAGAUGUCAACGGCGGUGGCUAGUGGAAGUCCUGUUUUUAAUGUUUAUAUGCUUUUCCAUUUAUUAUUAUUAUUAUUAUUAUUAUUAUUAUUAUUAUUAUUAUUAUUAUUAUUAUUAUUAUUAUUAUUAUUAAUAAUAAAAAUAAUAAUAAUAAUAAUAAAUUUUGUUUAUAUAGAACCUUUCAAGAACAAUUGUCACAAAGUACUUCAUAAUUACAAAUUAAAAGGAUAAAACAAGAAGACAUUGAACAGAUUACAUAGCAACAGACAAUCCUGGUCAUAGAAAGGUAAGUCUAAACAAACAGGUCUUUAAUUCUUUUCUUUUUUUUGACAGCUGUUAGACCCAGAGGGAGACAGCUCCAAAGUUUCUGUGAUACAGUGGAAACUCGGGAUAAUGAUUAUUUAACCCACUUAUUUUGGUAACAUUAUGUGAAUAAAUAGUAUUUGAUGCCAAGUCUGGAUUCACACAGCUCCUCUAGAGGGAAGUUGCUGUAAUUUAUCCUAAAGUGCACGUGAGGCCUUUGAAGGCUGCUUACCUGCAGUGUUAACAAGUGUAAGAAGACACUACAAGGGCAGUUACAUAGAAAAGCACAGACACAGGAGGUACCAGUUAAUCUAAAUAAUAAGUCUUAAUAAUGACACUCAGAUAAAUGAGUUGCAGUCUAGUCCUUAAUAUGUUUGUCUUUGAUUGUCUUCAUACGGGAGAAUAGACCUCGAGAUGCUGAAUCCUGGGAGCUGACACAGCAGAUGAAGCUCAGGUAGCACUGCUCAAACCUUUACUUGUGCUCUCCUUGUUUUUCUGCUGAGGUGUUGUGCAGCUUUCAUUGGAUACAUCUGAGAGGCUGGGAUGUGCUUUCUGGAGGAGAAUCUCUACCUGUCUGCGCUCCUCCUCAGGCUUAUGUUGUUGCGCACAAGUCUUUCGUUUACAUGCUUAUAGAAGGCUUAAUUUCAAUGUUCAUCACCAAGCAUCAACCUGAGAGGGUAAAAAACAUUAUUUGGAUGCCGCAGUCCAAAACUCUGGAGAGUGAAAAGUGAAGUUAAUUUUCAGAUGGAAUACUGAAGGCAGAAAGGUCUCCAAACUCUUCACCACUCCUGAUUCAUCUUAAUUAAACUACACAUGCAGUGAUUGAAAAAGUCAGAGCAGAUGUAAUCUUAGCUGAUAGAUACAGAUGUUGUUUUAAUGACUUCUUUGUAUUCUUUGUCUAAUUUUUGAUUGAGCUGAGGUUUGGCGUGUUCAAGUGUUGCUAGUCUUUUCUCUUAAAGGCCUUCUUAAAUGAAACUUGUCAUCUAAACUGCAUGUCACUAAUCUUUUCAGACUGUCAUAUUCCCACACUGCACGCUUGUCUUUGAAGCUUGAUCACAUUUCUUUAAUGGAAUUAAUUAGCUUGUCAGCAGUUGAUUGCUUUUGAAUGAAAAACGUCUCUGAAGUGUCAGUAGGGUCAAUGACUCUCCAGAUUUGCACUGUUGUGACGAAGAUAGAAGCAGACUGGUAAAAAUUGGAUAUUGUCAUUGGUGCAUGGAGCGUCAUUUGCUACUGUGUGGAUAUCUGUCAACGGGGCCAAUUUUUACCAGUACCAAUGAUCCACCGAUACAGUAGUACACCCCUAGAUUUACCUUUCAAAUCCAGGAACUGUGACAACCUCAAUCAGUUUUAUUUAUUUUAGUUGAAAAUGGUAAAUUUUUCAUUUUUCUGCAGUUUUAGAUUCACUACUGUCUUUACUUUCAACACUAGAUCAGAUAAGAUUAGAUACAUCUUCAUUAGGGGUGGGAGAAAAAAGCAUAGUAUCACGAUAUUUUGUUUGGUGAUACAUAUCGUAUCGUCUCAUUUACCAAGUAUCGAUUUUUUUCAAAUUAAUUGCUAAUAGGAACUCAAAUCUAUGAUACUGGAAAAAUCAAAUCAGCUGUUUGUCCAGUGAGGUUGGCAGAGGUGACAUUAGAGAGCAGGAGAAAGUUAGUGCAACAAAUAUAGCAGCACCUGGAGAAAGACAUUAGGAAUGCAAGCAGGGCACAAAUGAAAUGGACCUGACACAUAAGGUUUACAUGAAGUGCUUCAUGAAAAUAAAAUACUGUGUAAAUAAGACAAACAUAAAGAAAAGACAAAUGCUACGUUAGCUAAACAGUUUAAAAAUUGUAUAAAACGCAUUAUAUUGUAUCGCAAUACUCACUGUUUUGCAAAAUGUUAAAAAUCGCAAUAAUAUCGUAUCGUGGCCCAAGUAUCGUGAUAAUAUCGUAUCAUGGGGCCACUGUUGAUUCCCACCCCUAAUCUUCAUUUAUCCUUUUUGGAAGGUUCUUGAAGAAAUUGAAAUUACUUUAACAAGUACACACCUAUUCCAGAUUGAGCUUUAUGUGGCGAUGCUCUUUGAAAGUUUCAUGGCUCUGUAUCUGAAUGGAUUGAGUUUCCAAACAGAAUUUCUUGAGAGCGUAGAGGAGAGUGCUGUCGCUGCUUUAGUCUUCUGAGUGAAUAUGCAUGUCGCAGCUCUGGUGCAGGAAUACAAGAAUACACUUUGCUUCAGAUGCACUUUGGCAAUGAAGGUCACCUGUUUAUGAUUCUUUUUUCUGAUAAGUGUGUGUGUGUGUACAUAUAUAUACUGUUUGUAUGUACUGUUUUUAAUUGACUUAUUACCACAUUUAUAUAGAUAUAUACUCACACAGGCAUUUAUCAGCUGAAGAUCUGCUGUGACUCUCAGGCUUGUUGGCCUCUUUUUCCGUGCUGACUAUGUGGAGACCUCGGCGUCUUUAAAUCCUCAUGUCACCUUGCAGGUCAGUGCCUCAGGACCGCAACAGUUCAUCCUCUUGGACAGACCUCCUUACUCCUCCUCACAAACACAAGGAGCUGGCUAACUACUGUGGCCUGCUGCAAGAGCAUUACCAUCAGUGCUAUGUCAAAGGUGAGUCCUCUCCUCAACUUUCCCGAUCAGCACCUUGUACAAAAAACAAAAAAUGAAGGAUUUAAGUGUGUGUCUGUGACAUUUUUGACACUCUUAUAGGCUAAGAGGUUAAGAAAACAGGAAAAUUAAGUUUUCUACAUUCUGAACAUGUUUGUGUUAAAAAUCAUCGUGAAACAAGCAGCUGAACAAGCACACAUGUACACUUUUCUGUAAUGUGACUCAUACUUAAGCACCUUGAAUAAGUUGAAGGCGGUUUGUUAGCCCCACUGGAGAUUCAAGUCCACUGUCACGUCUCAUCAGUAAUCCAUGAAGCAGCGGCUUUUCUCUCUCUCUCUCUCUCUCUCUCUCUCUCUCUCUCUCUCUCUCUCUCUCUCUCUCUCUCUCUCUCUCUCUCUCUCUCUCUCUAAAAUGGCAGAUGCUUAAGCAGCCUAGGGUCCUUUGUGUGCACAUUCCUGUGUCUGAGUGGGAACGGUCACUGACUUCUGUCUAAACUCUGAAAAUAUAGAGCUUGUUUCAGAUUAACUCUACCAAAAAAGUUUCCUGCUGAUGGAUCAUUUGUGUUUCUGCUGUCACUCAUUUGCUUUCUGUGUUGUUCAGGAGUAUACCGCAGCCUGCAGCAGUCUUACAGCAUCAGCUCACAGGAUAUCCUGAUGGCCAUGGACUACUGUGAAGAAUCCCUGCAGGAGAUUGACAUCACUUCCUUUGUGCGGACCCUCUGUGGACACAUCAGAGGUUUCAGAGAGCAUAACAGAGCUCCAGGAUGGGGAGGGGAUCCCAAACCUCCAAGGAACCUUGCCACCUUCAUCAUUGGAGAAAUUGAGGAAGACAAACCUGAUGACAGGGCUUCUAUGGCCACCUCAUCCAGGUGAGAUGAUGUACAGUACUUUCAUAGAAAAUGUUUUCUCAAGAUACUUUGUGGAAAGAGCAGCUCUGCACCAACUCCCUCUCCUUUUACUAUUUACAUUCAUCCAACAUGAAUCCACAGCUGAGCUGGUAACAUGUUUGUAACAUGAUUGGUAUAAAAAGUUUCUAAAAUUUUAGGAUUUUAGUCUUUGACAAUUCAAGUCAUUUGAGUCAUGCUGCUGUUACACAUGCAGACUGUGAUUGAUGACAUAGUCAGGGUGGUCCCUGUUUAGUAGCAGUCAUGAUUUCCAAAGAGAAACCUUGGUUCAUCAGAUGUAACCUGUGUUUGAUGAUGCAGCUCAAAUCCGUGUUCACCAGUGUUACCACAGUGACUUUUGAAAAGUAAUCUGAUCACUAAUUAGGGAUUACUCCUUUAAAAAGUAACUUAGUUACUUUACUGAUUACUUGAUUUUAAAAGUAAUUAAGUCAGAUAACAAGUUCCUUUUUAAGUUUAUUUCAGCAGCCUCAACAUAUAAAUGACAACAAUUUUCUUUCCCACACUCACUUUGUUGGAAGCGUAAUUUCUUGACUGACAAAAACAUAAAACAAUUUCCAAUAAAAUAAAAAAUAAAGGUAGUAUUUAAAAUAGUGGUUGUAUUUCCAGCAUGACAACGUGCACCUCUCUCCUCCCUCCAUUGUUGUUAAUGUUUUUUUGCCACGGCUGCUUAUGUGUGUGCACAUGUAUGUCAUGUUAGUGGUCAUCUUGCUGAAAACGUGACUUGUCGCCUAUGUGACUGACGUCACUUCCCCCAGAUGAAAAGAAAUCUUUCUUUUUUUUUCUAAGGAAAACGAGAAAAAAGUAACGCACACAGUGACUUGGACAUGUAACUUCAAUCCAAUUACUGGUUUGGAAAUAGCAACGUCUUAAUUAUUAAUUGUUACUGAAAAAGGUGGACUUCUUAGAGUAGCACAUUACUAAGUAACGCCUUACUGGCACCACUGGUGUUCACAUACAUCAGCUGUUAAUGCAGUGCUACCUGAAGGCCUAAUGGGCAUCUAGUCCUAGUUAUCAGUUCUCCAAAACUUUAAAAAAAUAUAUUAUGUGUGUGAUGAAAUCCAAAAUUCUCCACAAUGUUGCACUGAAAAAAAAUAUUCUCAGUUUUUGAACUAUUUACUCACAAAGUCUCUCACAGAAUGGUGAGCCUCUCUUCAUCUUUGGAGAAAUGCAGCCUAUGUCCCAUUAUGUUGUUAACCUGCUGCAAGUUAGCUUAAUCAGUAAGAAGCAGUUCCUGCAGAAUUUUUUUAUCAGUUUAUUCAGCUUUUUCUGUUUUUACAAGAUGUGAUUAGGAAGUAUUUUACACAGUGUCCUCACUUUGGGGAAUUAGUGUAAUAAAUUCUCUGAGGUCACUGGUGGUAAUCUUUGCCUUAUUUCACUGUUGUAUAGCACAGUCACAAAUGUUGUGGUAUUUCAUUUCCCCCAGUAUUGAAAUGGAGGACAUCAGUGAAUCAGAGCUCAGGUGGAAAUCCUCUUCCUCCACACCUACAAUGAUCCUGGAAAAAUCAAAAGCAGCAACCAUUGCCGAGUUUCCUCUGACAUUGGUUCAGACGCAGCCCAAGUGUGAAGUGUAUCCAGACCUGCACAAAAUCAUACAGGUAAACACAAAGUCUCAGAGAAAGAAGUUACACAUCUAUCAAUUUUAUUAAAUUGUAUUUAAAUAAACAGUAUUUGCUUGCAACAAAAACCAUUAUAAACUAUUAUUUAAAAUAGAAAGUAAACCAUGUGAAGGUUAUUUUAUGUCAUUUCCAACCUUUUAAUUCCACAGAAUAAAUUCAUGGAGAUUUUGUCUCAGUAUUUUAAAACGGUGCCCUCCAAUCCACACUACUUCUUCUACUGUCCUCCAUCAUCCAAAAUGGAGGUGAGCUGACUAAGUUGUGUUUCACAGAUCUCAUUUUUUACAUGAAGUGUUUCAGGGUUAGCUCAGACUGAGGUAGAGACAUUGAUCUCACAUUUAUGCACAGUUGUUAUUGACAGGCAGAUCUAAAUACUAUGUUUUAUCCCCUCAGGAGGACUCAGACUAUGCUGAGGCCGGGAGGAGACUAAGUGAGGAGCUGGUUUCAGAAGCUGAGCCAGCAACUGAGGAUGGCGAGUAUACUUCAAUGUUUGGAGCUUUUACUUUUUUUUUUUUUUCAAAGGACGUGUCUGUCUCUAUUAGAAAUGACAGUUAGGACUGUAAAGGAGAGAAACAGAGUAAAUGACAACAACAGGAGGCAACAACAGGCGGCCCGGGCUGGAAUCACCUUCCGUCAUUAUAUGAAUUUGGAGCUGAAUUGUUCUCAGUAUUUCCGGGAUUUUCUCCACUUUCUGGAACCACCACUUGCGCAGUAGUGUUGUACGCAUUUGGCAGGAGAGUCGCUGUGAUGAUGCUCAGCUCACACAGCGUAUCCCCCGGGUGUGCUAAGUAAUCUUCGUACACCCAUAGGCUGUAUCAGGUGUCAAUCAUAGAAAACAUGAACCCCCUAAUAACUUUAAAAAAUGGAGCUGCACAGAAAAAAAGAGGACUUCAGCACAAACCAGUCUGACAGUAACUACAAGUCAACAUCUCAACCAGGGGGGAGAAAAAUUUAUAUUCUGUGUAAUAUUUCUAAAGUUUGUCUACAGCUCCAUAGGGAUUGCUGGAGGAGACAGGAUUUAUGACCUAUACUGCAGCCCGUCACCAGAAGGUGCUGUUCUCGGGGUGGCUUCACCCAGCGAGGAGGCAGGCGGCGUUCAUUCGAUCUACAGUCUAUGGCCGAUACUGACAUUGGUGUUAGCAGUUCACAAGGCUUGUAUUUGGGACUGAAAGUUAUUGACAGUAGAAAUGAAAAACUCUCAGUCAAUAUGUAGUAUUUGUAAUAUUUCAGACUUUAACACAAAUCCUAAUCUGUACACGUGAGUGAGCUGCCAGUUACACUGACUGGGCUGUCCACAGAGGAAAAAAAAUACAAACUGGCAGCAAAAAAAAAACCCGAAACAUAAACAAACACUUUUUAAUGAACCUAUUUUAUCAACCAUCUGUAAAUGAAAGAGCAGAUAAAUCAGUUUUUAGGAAGAUUUAAACAGCCUCUGUGGUUUUUGUAAUAGGGACUGUACAUUUUGUCAUCUGGGACUUUAUCUAGAGUUUAAGAGUAAGCUGGACUGCACCCUCAGACACACUCAGAUGUACAGGAUAUUAAACUUUACAUCACAUUAUGAAUCAUCCACAUCAUAUGUGAUGCAAACAGCAGAGGGGUGUGCUGCUGCUCAUCUAUUCCUGUUCAACAUGUAGAAAACACGCCAGGCUCAUGCAACAUGACGGAAAGCGACACAGACCUGGUGGUGGAGUACGAGGAGCAGUCAGACACCAGAGCCCAAGGAACUGGGGAAGACCAGUCCCUGUCAGAUUCCAACACUGUCAAUCAGGACCAGGACUCCUUCAGCAUCUUGGAAGAGGGGGACUCUUUGCUGGAGCCUGAGGGACCCCAGAUGGAUAUGCCGCCAUUGUUUGUUCAUGUGACUUGCUCUGUCAAUAUGAAAAGCUGUCACGGCUCCAUGCCCAUACAAACCCUGCCGACCUGCCUUGGUGAGUCUCUUCUUGUCCAUAACAGAGACCUGCCAAAUCCUAAUUGAACAGAAGUGUGGUGAAGUUAUCUGUUCUCACACUUUUAUGAUUUACAGGUGAGAUUAUUUCCUGCCUGGAGAACGCAGAGUCCUUACAGUCCGUGGAUUUGAAUGAGCUGUCAGUAACAUUAGAUAUUUUUGUCCUGACACUACCUCUGGAGAUCGAAGUCAUGGCUGAGUUCCAUCAUAACAGGUAAAACGAAGAAUGACCGCAGAGUACCAGUUCAGCAUGUUUCCAGGAAAAAGAAUGAUACAAAAAUUUUGAGUUUUACUUGAUACUAUUCUGCAGAGAGUAGCGAGUGUUGGGAGAGGCAAAUAGGUACUACCGUCUCAGAAGAUGCAUGAAGUAAAUGUCUUUUUAGCAUACACACAUGUUCAGUGAACUCAAGACAACAGCUACCUAAAUAUAAGGUUAUACACAGACUCCAUCAUUCACGUGUUAAUCUGCAUUCAUUCUUUUCAUCCACUUCACCACUAUGUGUAAAAUGUAAACAGUCUGAUGGUACAUUGGCACAUAUGUUCUGGUUUUGCAACAUACUUGAUAGAUUCUGGUGUGAAGUUUUCCUCUUCUACUCUGAAGUUUACAGAAAUGAUCUCCCUCCAGACCCAGAGACAGGCAUCCUUGGCUGGUCUCACCAGCUCGAGACUCUUAGUAACUGGAGGGCUAUGUCAAUACAGUAUGGGAUGGCGCCAAGCUGGGCGUGGUGGUGUGGCAGGGGGAGGUCAGGAACAGGGAUGUGUCUCUGAGUUUUGAAGCCUGGCUCACAGAACUCUAAAAUACCUUAUUUAUGGAAAAAAAUUAGAUUUGAGUUGUCAGGGUCAUCAGACGGAUUCCAUCAGAUAUGGCAACCAUUUCUUGAUCAUAUUACACAAAGAGAACCCUCAUGACACCCUAAUGUCCUGAUUGUGUUUGAAUAUUUAUUUCUUUGCAAGAAAAAAGCAUAAUUUUAUAACAGACAUUGAUGGCCAUAGAAACUUUUGUCAUAGAGCACAGCUUUCACCGUGGUUCUUUUUUUUUCUCUCUGACCUGCUUUUGGAGAUGGGGUGGGAAUAAAGGGGUGAUUGUUCAGGUUUUUAUGUUGUUAUGUAUCUUUAUGUUUUGAAAAUGAAUAAAUAAAUUAGCUGCAUCAACUCAAGCUCCACUGAGUAUGCACCAAGAUGCAGGUAUUAAUUAAUUUCCUGUCGGGAUCAGUCAGGUUCUUCUUAUCUCAUCUUAGGUACACAUCAGAGAGCAGUGUGUCCCUGAACCGUUCACCUGGGCAGCCCUCCUCCUAUCGCUCAGAUGAUGAGCUGGUGGCAGUGCUGGACAGCCUGAGAGGAGCUGGUGUAGAUGGGUGAGUUUUAAUACAUAUGCUUUUUCUGUUAGACGGUGCUGAGCUAAUCCAGGUUCCUCUCCUUUUGUCUCUCCUUCAACAGGGUCUCCAGUGAACCCCUUUCCAAACUCCCAGUUCCACACAAGUUAGCAAUUCUGGCCACAAUGGAUGAGGUGAGAUUAAAACUGAGCUAUCAGAGCAGCGAGAACAUAGAGCUUUAUAACAAGUGAUGAUAUCACAUUAGCAGAAGAGUAGCUUUACUUUUUCGGUUCACCUGUAUGUGCUGUGUUUCCUGAGCCACUUAGGGACAUUUCACUUUCACGCUGAGGGAGGAGAAGUGACUAUGAAAAAAGGAGUUUCUCAGCUAGUCACUACUAACUCGGGUCAGCAAACUUACAAAUUCUAAUGAUAUAGUCUGGAAGUUUGCUAGCUCUUCAGCAUCAGCCUUUUUUUACAAGAAGAAACCUGUUUCUCUCCUCUGCUUUCAUACAAGCCCUCAGUCAUCCACUUUUUAUGCUAAAUGGGGUCACAGCUCAUCUCCACUGUAUGAAAUGUAUCUCAUACUCUCACCAGUAGGAGGAGCAAGUUGACCACUGUAGUAACAAAUUCAUUAUAGAGUAUAGAGAAACUAGCUAGCAAUUUAAGGUGUGCUUGCUCUUAUAUCACGGGAAUGUCAAUAUGAAACAGCACCAAAGGAGUUUCUUGUUUUAUGCAGAAAAAACAACCUAAAGUCCGGUAUUUUGUCAUUAUAUUAAAGGCCUGUAUGCCAUUUCAAUUACACACGUAUGAAUGAUAGUCUGGUAUCCAACAGUAGCUCUGUCAGGGGGUAAAUAAACUAAUUCCUAGGCCUGUUUGAGAUGUUUAAGAAAAGAUAUCAACGCUGUUGUUCUCAAGCUAACCAGAACUCAAUAAUGGUUUUGGAAAUUUUCUUCCCUCAGUUUUUCUCUCCGGCUACAGCUCUAAGCUCUUCUUGUUCUGCAUUUCAGAUCCGCUGGCUUUUAGAGGAUGAAAUUGUGUCUGCUCUGCGUCAUUCCCAAGUCAUUAGUUCCUCGACUCUGCAGAAAGUUGCGGAGCAUGUUUUGAGGUCCAGCGGCCGGCCACACUGUCACUGCGAGGACGUCCCACUGCAGUUUGUUUUUGGGCCUGAGCAGUCACUGGAAAAAUUUAAAGAGGCAAUUCACUCUUUUUUUUCUUUAUAAUAAGAGUUAGGAAAGAAGAUGUUAACAAAUGUCACUCAGGAUGAUACAUUCAAAUACUAAAGUAUCACUUUAGCUGGUUCAAAGUUAGUUUACCAUUCACAGCUGAUUGAUUUCAUAACUCUGAGCUCAUUUUCUUUGUACGUAGGAGUUCCGCAGAAUAUUGUUCUCUGGCUAUGUGCUGAAUGGAGAACAGGACAGCUUCUACUACAUGUCCCUGAGCAGACUGCAUCAUCAGAGGAGCAGUGCUCACAAGAAGCUGUCCGAGGCCUCCGUAGACACCCCACAACAAACGGUUCAUUGCACUGCUGGAGCAGGGGUGGAGGAAAUGAUGCAGGGGAGCGAAGCUGAAGCUCAGGCAAUAGAGGCUGACAGCGAGGUAACAAAUGACAGUGAGGUUCACAGCAUCAGGAGCUAAUUUUUGAGUGUGCACUUCUGUAUGAUCAUACUGCAGGUCCUGAGGUAUCUCACAAUACUCAAACUCCUGAGGUUCAUAGUGAUAUUAUUUCAACAAUAAAAACAGAGCUUAAAGCAAUUCAGUAUUAAUACAGCUUUAAGAAACUGGUGCGCAAAGAUGGUGCAGAAUAAUUUUAUUUCUGUUUUUAACUCUGGAACAGUUUACUUUAGCGUCUGUUUGACCUAUUUAGCAGCAUUUUGUAAUAAAGGGCUCAUCAUAAAUGUACUGCAAAGAAGGAAAAGUAGCCAGUGACAGCGGUUUGGGAGUCUUUUCCUAACCUCACUGCUCCACAAGCUUUUUUUCUGAACAGUGUAUCACCAUGCUCUUUCCUUUGAUUUUUUAACAUUAGGGAAAUCACUAUCAAGAAGAGGUGCCACCAGAAGAGCUGCUUUGAGCAGCAAACCCACAUACAGAAUGAACAGAGACAAAUGUUUAACUAUGUCUGUUGGUACUUGAAGAAAAUUUGAUCCGUUUUAUGUGGUGCAGCACAUCACAAUAGACAUCUGUCUAGAUCACUAUCCACUGUUCAGACUGAGUGUGAUCUACAAAUCGAUGGAGAAAUUAUCAUCAAAUCUGCACCUUUAUUGACUCUUUAUUCUUGCCUCUGCUGCAAACUAACAAGAGUCGCCUAUUUUUUCUGUGAGGGCCCCACGUGAGUGAGGGGAGGCAGGGACUCAUGUCUGAGAGUUCAUGUCUGCAGUCUGCAUAAACAGUGCACUAAUUUAAACAUACAGUAUGUUGCACCUUGUUGGUUGUCUCUUUUUAUGAGUGGCUAGUCAGAGACAAACCAUCGCUCCACUCACAAACACACACACAGAGGAGGAUAAAAUGUGGAUUCUUCAUUUGGGUGAUUUGUCAUUUUAUUAAAAUGCUCUAAUGUAAAAUCAAUAUUGAAAAAUAAUGUUACCUUUGUUGAAUAAGGCUUGUUCAGGCUUUUAUUGAAUCAUGAUGGUAGACAUGUGGAUUUGUUAGAAUCAUGGCAAAGAGCAGAGAAGUGAUAUGAGUAUCUCUCUCUGUUGCACCUUUCUCAUCACACACUGAAAUUCUUCAAAACUGCAGAGUGAAGACAAGAAGUCCCUCAGCGCUGCUGCUGACUCUUCAAGUGACACGACUGCAGAAACCAGUGAGCCGACCAGAGUCUUGAAGCCUGAGGUAUACGAUAAUGUCUCUCCAAUCCCCACCGGCGUGUCUGUGGACAAAAGUCAGCCCGGCACCACCCCUCUCCAGACUGAGCCUGGAACAGAGCCCUCUUCACCCCCAAAGACCCCUUCUAGUGUCAGCCUGGCUGAGUCCAUGCAGACAGCCUCCCAUGGUGAGUCUAUCAGACACACCUCAUGCGUGCAAGUUUGGGCUCAGCAGUUUUGUCAACAUUAAAACAUCCUCAUAGUUUAGGUAGAUAGAAGAAGACCAUAACACCAAACGAGAAUCAGGUUUCUCAGUGUGUGCUUCAGUAAUACCUCAGUGACAGGAAAGAGUUCAACAAAAUGAUAUCAGUCAGAGGCUUUUGUAUGUACUAGUAUGUAAUGUUCAAAGAGGAAAACUCCAAACCAGCUCCCUGGUACAGUUUUUUUCUUCUGUUAUGAUUCUGAUUGAAGUGUAAAACAUAUAAUCAGGGAUGCUGUGAGGGAAACACUCAUCUUUGAAGAUGAGAAGUGACAAAUUCAGUGUGACCAACUAAGACUCUAUAAUACCUGCUGCAUGGAGAGAAGUUCUCUAUCAAUAUUUGGAGGAUACAGGCUGUUAUACUGGAGCCCGCUUAUACCUAACCCAGCACCCUGAGACACCACCCAACAGCUGCACUCACAAAGCCGCCCUAAAACAUACACUGUUGAAAGGAACAGUCCUCCAGAUAAAUUUUUAGAUAUUAAGCCCAGUAUAUUUUAUCAGAACUCUUCUGCAUUAUGAAGCAAAAAAAAAACACAAGAGCACAUCAGUCAGUGUGAAAUAAUUCACCCCCAAAGCUUCAACAGUCAGUUCCCAAAGGCUCACUUAGUGUUGUUAAAGGAAAGGUGAUGUAACACAGAGAGAAACAUGACCUUGAACCAGGUUUUUAGAGAUGAGUUCCAGUAUCAAAUUCAAAAUGAGUGAAAAGCCAUUCAAGUUCAUCAGUUUGAACAUCAAAUAUCUUUGUUGUGGAGUCAGGUGAAUUUAGGUGGGAACAGAUUUGAAAAUUAUUGUAUUCUGUUUUUUUUAUACAUGUUUUACACAGCAUCCCAAUUUCAGUGGAGUUGGAGUUUGUAAAGAUAAGAAAUGAAGGGUCUACAGUGUGCUGAGAAGUUUCUCUUCUUUUCUUCCACUUUUUUAUCUGAAAAGAUGUAAUUCUUAAAAUAGUAAAUGAAGAUGGCUGAAUGUACUGAAAUGAACGCAUACUAAACUCUUGACAUCUGAGGCAGUUUAUGUUCCCAGAUUGUCUGUUUUUAAAACAGACAAUCUGAAGAUUUUGAAUGGAUUAGGUUGAUAUGAAAACAGCUUUUCCAGGUAGACGUAAGUAAGUGAGCUAAGAUAGUCUGCUCUUAGCUUGUUUUCUCAGUUCAUCAUGGCAGUCACAAACACUGUAAUGUUGUUGGGCCAACAGCUGAUUACCCCACACUAUCUGUCAGAUCAGGACAGGCAGAUCUGGAAGAGCUUUGAUUUGUGACUAAAACUCCAAACUGUACCUGCCAACAGAACUGUGUAUUUUCUGUCCUCAGGCUGUGGCAAACUAAGGCCAUGUCGGGUCCAGAGUGUGGUGUCCAGCCAGGGCAGUGUGGACUCAGACAUGCAGGGUAAGUUGCACAAAACAUAGAAUAAUGAUUUAUUGUAGAGUUAUUGUGACAGAUCUGCAGAGUUGGGGCAGAUACUUCCAAAUGUGACUCUCCGAGCUGUCCAUCUGUAGACAAAGACAUGAACUGUAUUUUGUUAAAAAAUGAAGCUAAGAGUGACACAGUGUUGAACGAUGCUGAAAGUCUUUGAUUCUGAUUGUUUCUCAGCCACUGUGAGAUGGUUGGCAUGUAGAUAAUGAAACCAUGGUUUCACUGUUUUGUUUUUUUUUCUUUUAAAAGGAUAUGACGGUGGCAGCAGUGACUCUGAGUGUGAGAGUCCCACCCUGGAUGAACAUGAGUGCCAGUCACCACUGAUGCCAGACUUUUGGCUCAUUGUUAAGAUUCUCCAGGACAGAGUCAAAGUCUACUCCCACUCCAGGUCAGAGCAGGUUGAAAAAGUUCACGACUGUAGUCUGGAGUCUGAAGCCUAGAUUACCUUUAGGAGCUUGGAGGUAAAAGACUAAACCAGUUUUAAGGGGACCCUGUUUUAAGCAUUGAUUACGUCUCCAUUUUUGAUUACUGUUUGAUAACAGUGAUAAUCCCUGAUAUCUGAUAUUCUCAUAUCUCUGAUGCUUAGUCCCAGCUGUGUAUCACAAGGAUUGAUGGUCUUGUUUUAGGUGCCUUACGGAAGGAAAAGAUGACACUGCUGAGGAGACUGAAAAGAAAGAGGAGGAUAUGGAGCUACCUGAAGAUUUACGACUCUAUCAAAUGGUGGUCAGAAAGAUUGGUGAAAUCUGCAGAGUCGUCAAUCAGGUAACUGACUACACAGCAAAAACAAUUAACAUGGAAAAUAACUGAAAAUAACAUCUAGGGCUCUAUUUUCAUGCCUGCCAGCGGCGCGGCGGAAGAUGGCGGACCCCGCGCAGUGGUAUUUUUGUCUGGUAGGGCCCGGCAUACAGCCAGUUUGGUAUUUUCGUAGACUGAGGCACACCGAGGUCCGCCAAGCUGGGGGUGGUGGAGCGGCAGGGGGAUGUGUCAACAGAAUCAGCUGGCGCAGUGACAUUUUCGUGCCCACUGACGGCGUAGAAAGUGCACUGAAAGCUUGUCGAUUCAAACCUGGUCAGCUUUCAGCGCAGGCGGAGCGCAGCUGGUCUAGUGGUAUUUUGGUAGACCGGCGGCGAAGUGCAUGUACGUCACAGAUGCCUCACUGGCAGGUUUCCACAGUGUCAGGCAUAUUUCAGUGCAAUAAAUAAUCAAUAACAACAAAUAUUCUGAGUCAGCACAUGAGCGUGUUUGGCACACAUUUGGACACACAACCUGACUGAAUCAACACAGCUGAAACCGCAUUGAAUUAAAUUAAAUUUCUAGCAAACAGACACACAUGAUGAAGUGAAGAAGAUAUUUCAUUCAUCUCCCCCCUAUUUCUAUCUUCCUCUUCCUCUUAUUUCUCGCGCAGCUCGACCUGGACAUGUUUCUGUGUCCUCUCCCCGUCCUGCUGCAGCUGCUGCUGCUGCAGCUGAACAGAUGAUUUUAUGCACACAACCCACCUUUUUCAUGUGAGGUUUAAAUAUAUGCAAUUUUAAGUGAGUGUCUUUAUUUGGUGGAAAGGAUGUUUGUCUUACCAGUGGGUCCAACAUUACACACACCAAAUCCAACUGUGCUUAUAUGAGAGAGUGUGAAGGACGCCCUCUGCAGCACUUACAGCGACAUUUGUUGAGGGGCAUUGCUAUCUUCAGCCAUCUCUUGAUCUCUUUGACUACUUCACGAAAAUUGUAAUACGCCUCGCAGGUGGCAGAUUUAAAGGUGAGAAGAGUAGCUGAUCUGAUUGGCAAAAAGAGGUCUCGGCUGUGUUAAACCCACUCCACGCCCUCUCUACGACUUACGCCACUGGGGGGAGCUGAGUUAGGGAGGGGGGAUACUUACGCCGGGCUGUGCCGCUCACCAAAAUACCAAAAUGUGCUUGGGCACGCCUUGUCAGCGCGGCAUACCUAACUUACGCCACGCCUACUCCACUACACCGGCGAGGAGCAAAAAUAGAGCCCCUUAUGUUAUUUUCAUUUUAAAACUGUAUCACUAAUAAGAUAGUCACACAAAUCUAGUUCUAGCAAAUCUAUCUAAAAUUCAGAGUAAGGGUUCAAAUUAGUGUAAGUGAAUUGAGAUUACUGUGAUUUCGUUCAGAUUCUGUUGGAUCUGAAGUUUCUGAACACAUCUUUUACACCUUUACACCUUUGUCUCUAAGUUCUCUCCUGAUUUAUUUUCCUCUCUGUGGAGGUGUCCUGCUUUCACACAUAGAUAGAAACUUGUUUUCGAGAGUAUAUUUAUGUCCUGACUGAGACUGCAGUGACAGAGUUUUCUGUAUGAGAUUUUGUGCUGAACCCAAAAGCAGAUCGGAGGUGGUUAAGAAUGAGGAGUUGUGGCGCCGUCGCCAUGAGUAGGCAGUGAAGGCAGAUAAAUGAUCUGGUGUAAGAGUUGUGGCAGCCUGGCAGAGAUUGGUGGCUGGGCUAGAGAGGCUUGUGUGUUUUUUUCAUUAGUCUAAUGAAAAAAACACACAUUCACUAGUAAAAGUUUCAAACUUGCAAUACUCAAAAGCAGGCUGAGAUACCACAGGAGAUGUGGGAAUAAUCUGACACUGAGAAGACAACAGGCAGUGCUUUUAGUGCAACAGGUGAUGAGGUGCAGCUAUGUCAGUACAGGAGGAGCUGCAGCUGGAGAAGAGCCGCCCAACCUCUGUAAAAUAAAAAGAGGGAGAACUCCAAACAAACUCAUCUCAACAGAAGUGAAUUCUUGAUGCUGUUCAGUAAGGUAGUAUAAUGUCUGUGUGUAUGUUUAGCAAAUGCUGCUGCAGGACCUUCAUGACAGCCAUGUUUGUAACUCUCUACUGGUGGCUGAGAGUGAAGAGGACAUCUGGAAGACUGAGUCUCUCUACAGGCAGAAACUCAACACCUCUGAUGGUAUGUUACUAGAGGAUGCAAAUAUACAGAACAUAUAGGUCUAUUUUGUCCUCCUUAGGUUAUGAAUGUAAUGACAUUUAAAAAUACUUUGAUUUCUUCAAACCACGACUCUCCUGAUUCUUCCAUCAUUUCCUGACCACAGAUUACAACACGGAGGAAAGUUACCAGGCCAAAGACUACCUGGCAGCCACUAUGCAGUUCAUGCCUGGACACUUUGCCUGUGACGUUGUGUGGAGCACAAUUAUACACAUUCACCCACGCCUCAAGAUGGGUCCCAACAUGGGGGUAGCCAGGGGUAAGUGGUUUAUACAAAGCCUGAGUUUGAUAAGAAAACAGACUCCCCGAAUUCAGACUGAAACCUGACCAGUUACAGGAAAAUCCUAAAGUUGAUGUCAGCUGUUUACUUUCCAAUUCUGCCUGAGGUAUUCACUGACAAUCUUAGUGGUUUGACAGUGCUGUGAGGAUUGUUGUCAGCUCUUCAUAUUUUACAGUUUGCAGAAGAACAGUUAAAAAUACUCUAUAAUGUUGACACUGUUUUAUCCAUAAUUUAACUGAAGAGAAAAAUAAAAAGUUUUUUAAGUACCAAAAGAAAGUAAAAAAGGAGAACAGCAGAUAAUCCACACACAGCAGUAUCUGAUUUAAUGGCAUGUCAUCAUUUUGCACACUAUCAAACCUGGGUAAUUGAUGACCUGUAAAACACCAGGAAAUAAAACGAUGCUUGCUAGAGUUUUUUUCUAACUGAAGGGAGAAAACAGCUUCUUCAGAUGCAGCUCAAAAAUGAGUGUCCCGAAAACGAUCGUUUGUUUCUUUUUUUGUAAAUUUAUACAGAAAAUGAAACGUUUUUGCUUCCAGCUCAUUAAAAUCAAAUAUUUCACUUUUAGAAAACACUAAUCCAAAAAAACGGGAUUAAUAAAACAGGAAAAGUGUUGACCUUCAGCUUCACUUCUGCUCUCAAAUCUUGGCUGAAGCCUUUUGUGCAUUAAUUACUGCAACAGUACUAUGUGUCAUGGAGGUGAUCAGUCUGUGGCUCAGCUGGGUCUUACUGAAGUCCAGGUCUCUCUGAUAGCUCCUCAGACCAGUUGGGUGGACAAUCAGGCACAGUACCAUGGUCAUCAAACCAAUUUCAGGUAGUUUUGGUGCUGUGGACAGGUAUCAGGUCCUGCUGGAAAAGGAAAUCUGGAAAUCUCCAUAAAUCUUCACAGCAGAUGGAAAUACAAAUGUCUCUAAGACCUCCUGGUAGACUUUGGGCUGUGUUGACUUUGGACCUGAUAAAACACAGUUGACCAACAACACCAUCCUCCUUAUAAAGGAGGUCAAUGCUGGACAACUGUCAGGUCAGCAGUCUGAACCCUGAUUGUGGUUGUGUGAACUGUACCAGAGUAAGAGGCUCAGCAAUCCUGUGCAGGUGCUCCGUUUAUUAGCUGAUCGGAGCUGCUUUCUGGACCAACAGAACUGAAAGAACCUGGACUUUCUCACAAGAGUUAGCUUUGAGGGAGUGGAUUUUUGGUCUUAAUGAGGUGAAAGCUCUAACCAUCAAGAUUCAAACACAGAAAGUUUGGAAACAUUUCAGUUUUAUGUGGUAGAAAUAUGUGGAAGUUUCACUUUUUGAAUUUGAAAAGGGGAAAAAAUGAACUUUUUCAGGACAUUCUGUUUUCUUAAUGUGAACCUAUUUUGAGAUAUGCAGAACCUUUAAAGGCCCUCAUGCUGUGUCGAAAUCUUUUUUUUUACCCAGUUUUUAGGAAAUUAUCUUCUGAUGUCUUUUCCCGUAUCUUUAGAAGUUGAUGCAUUUCCCUCCUGUGGGACUGAGUUAAGAAAGUACACAAUUCAACAAGAUGUUGAAAAAUAGCUUAAAAAUAACAUCUGAAGUGAUAGUCUUACGGUGGUGACACUGAAGCGAAUGUCAGCCUAAACACCCCGCCCCCAACCGGUUGAAUAUUUAUCCCCUUAGAAGAGCAUUAGAUUUAAAAACUACCCUGAAACUUGUAAUGGAAGGGGAUAAAAAAAGACUAAAUGUAAACAAGACGCAAGAAGUGAUGGGGGAGAGGCAGUCAAAGAACAUGACAACGAUGAGGAAAGCGAUGAGCAAAAUGGCGACGCUAACGAGGAAGAAGCUAACCCCGUCAUGCAGGCCAUCUACAUCGAGAUCCGUGCCCUUAGGUCGGAUGUUAAAAGUGAAAUGAGUGAAUUUCACUGAGUCACUCCGUCUAUUUUCGAAUUGACUAUUUAUUUAUGUAAAUCAGAUUGGCACAGAGUCAGGGACUGUAAAAUAGGGAUUAGGGAUAUAUCCGAUCAUUCAGGGGUAUACUUAACCCUGCACUUAACUAAACCGGAAAAAUACACUUUGGAAACUUAAUACCAGCAUUUUAAUGACAAAAAAGUGCAGAAACAGAUUCAACAAGAUUUUGAAACAUAUUUACAAAAUAAUGAUAAUGGAGAGGUGUCUCCAAAUACUUUAUGGGAUGCAGCAAAGGUAGUUGUUCGGAGCAAAACUAUUGCCCUCACAGCCUUUCAUAAAAAGGAAAGACAGAGAAGACUUCUUGAACUACAAGAAGAAAUGAAGGCAUUAGAAACUAGACACAUGGAACAAAAAGAUCCUCAGAUAUUAACGAAAAUAAAUAAAAUAAAACAGGAUAUAAAUGGUAUGUAUGAUGAAGAAAUUGAAAAGCAACUUAAAUUUACUAAAGUAUUAUGAGACAGGGCACAGGGCAAUGAAACUACUAUCCUGGAGGAUUCGAAAACAGCACGGGAAAAAUAUGAUCUAUAGGAUUAGUUAUCCCAAGACACCGAAGGUUUGCAGUGAAUCAGAGGACAUUCAACAUGCCUUUGAACUGUAUUAUAAAGAACUAUAUGUCCAACCGGCCAUGUCAAAUACCACAACAAUAGAGACCUUUUUAAGUUCACUAGAUGUACCAUCUGUAGGAAAACAACAAAAUAAAGAAAUUAUGGCUGAGAUAACAGAAGAAGAACUGAGCAAAGCCAUUUCAAGAUUGAAGGCUAAUAAGGCUCCAGGAUCAGACGGUUAUCCGUCUGAAUGGUAUAAAAUAUUUAAACCACAAAUAACACUGGUCCUGCUUAACAGUUUUAACGAUACACUAAGAACAGGAGUAGCCCCCCAAUCAUGGAAGUAAGCAGUUAUUUCUAUCAUCCGAAAGAAGGAAAAGAUAAAAAGGAAUGUAGCUCAUACAGACUAAAUGAGCAUUAUACUUCUCUCCAACAGCCAGGAUCAGAGUUAAUGGACACCUGUCACAAACUGUUCAUUUGAAAAGAGGGACAUGCCAAGGCUGUCCCCUGAGCCCAACUUUAUUCGCACUAUUCAUAGAACCCCUCGCUCAAGCAAUUAGAGAGAACUCUGAGAUAAAGGGGAUUAUGAUUAAAGGAGAUGAACAUAAGACUUGUAUGUUUGCGGAUGAUGUUCUGCUUUUAAUUACAAACCCAGACUCAAGCAUUCCCAAAUUGAUGUCCCUUCUAAAAAAAUAUUAUUUAUAUCCUGGAUACAAGCUUGAUAUCCAAAAAACCCAAACACUCACAUUUAACUAUACUCCCCACCCAGAUACUAAAAGGAAAUAUAACUUUAAAUGGGACUCGCCCAAAAUAAAAUAUUUAGGAAGAAAUCUUUCUAAAGAUAUGUCAAAACUUUUUGAAAACAACUACGGUUAAUGAAUAAAGAGAUCAAAUCUGAUAUUUCUAGAUGGACCCUCCUCCCACUGGAUAUGAGUAAUAGAAUAGAAAUCAUUAAAAUGAAUGUUUCUUUAUCUUUUUCAGUCAUUGCCUCUAGAGGUACCCCAAAAACAAUUUGAUGAGUGGAAUGCCUGGAUCUCAAGGUUCAUUUGGAACAGCAGACGACCUAGGGUUCAGCUCAAGGCUCUACAGCUGGGAAAAGAAAAGGGAGGAAGAGCUUUACCAUGUUUACAAGACUAUUAUUAUGCUGCACAACCGAAACCCUUAGUAUACUGGUGUUCUCCAAAUUAUUAAUCUAAAUGGAAAUGCUUAGAAACUACACAGUUAAGAAUUCCAAUACAAUCUAUAAUAGGAAAUAAAAACCAAGCGAAAACACAUAACAGCUUGAAUCAAUGGACUAUACUCACUCUCAAGCUAUGGUUUAAGGUUUUAAAGAAGUUACAAAUAGAGAAACAGGUUCGAGUCUUGAAUUGGAUAGCAUAUGAUCCACAGUUUGAACCUGCUAGAUUGGACGGGGGCUUUAAACAGUGGGUUAAGAAAGGUAUCACAUCCUUUUGUGCGCUCAUCUCAGACCGUGGAUUUCAGAGUUAUGAGUCAAUUUCUGCCACAUUUGGACUGGAGAAGCAGGACUUCCAUAGAUACCUGCAAGUCAGAGACUAUUAUAAUAAAAAAUUACAAUUCAAGGAGGAGAAGGAAUACAAUUUAAUGUCCAUAUUUCAUGAUGCAUAUAAAAAAAAUAAAAACAAAGUUGGUCUCAAGAAUAUACAGAAGUAUACAAGCCUCUAAAAAUCAUUCUACAUUAUCCAUUAAACAAAAAUGGGAGAAGGAGUCAGGAAUACAAAUGUCAGAAGAGACCUGGAUAGAAAUAUGUGAGACACAAGCGACCACUGCAAAUUCAAGAUCUUUAAGAGAAUUCGGCUGGAAAAAUGUGAUGAGAUUUUUUAUGACCCUAAAUUAACAGCACUGCAAACAGGCACACAGAACCGAGGCUACUGCUGGAGGCAAUGUGGAAUCCCUAUGGCUAAUCACUUUCAUAUUUUUUGGGCCUGUCAAUCCAGUCAUUUUGGAGGGAGGUGUCAACCGAGAUCAAUAAAAUAUUGGGGUUGGAUUUAGACUUUUCUUUUGUUGUUUUAUAUCUCGGUAAAAUCACGGAAACAGUCCUACAUAAGGACAGGUAUCUGUUGAAGAUUCUUUUGGCAAGUGGUAGGAAAGCCAUAACAAGAAGGUGGUUACAACCAGAUUCCCCAACAUUAAACCAGUGGCACGGGAUUGUCCAAGAAAUUCACUGUAUGGAGAGACUUACUUUUGUUUUAAGACUUCAGUUGGACAAUGAUGUCCUCACGUUCUGUAAAUAAAUAAAAAGUAUUAAAAAAAAAUAAAAAAUAACAUCUGAAGUGACCUUUUAGCAGAAGAAGUGACAAAUUUCGAUGUGUUAAUAAAUGAGGCAACUGUACAGUCUGUAUUUACCGUCUGUAAAUCUUAUACCAUGUAAUGUAUUAGGGAGUUUUCCCCAAGCAGUCAUUAGCUUCCUACAGUAGGUCUGACAUUCUUAUUCAUUGACACGACAUCUUAUAUGAUUUGAGUUUUUAAUAUCUUAAUGCUCAUCACUACUUUAUCUCACAGACAUGCCAAACUCAUCUCUGUAUUUUUUACCCCCUCAUAGCUAUUCAGGCCCUGCGCUCUGUGCUGAACUCUUUCUGUGUGGUCAACCGGAAGAACAUGUUUGUGUACCAGGAGCGUACAACUAAAUCCGUCUUCUACCUCAGGUUAGAGUUUUUCCUUUUCAGCACAAUGCUUUUUCUGGGGCAAAUGUAUUUUGUAAAGGUUUGCCCAUCACUGUGUGUGUGAGAUUGAAUAAAUUUGUCAGUUUCCUCAUGGCCCCUCAGUGACAGACCUCAUGAAGGGAGAAAGCAGAAGACGUUAUUUACAGAAAAAUAUUGAGAGUUAACUCAGAGCUGAUGGGGCUUGUUAGAGCCUGAUAUGUAACAAUGACCCGAAAUGAAAUGAAAAAAAGAGUUAUAAAGGCCGAAAUGUAAUAAUUGGUCAAUAACAUAAAAAAAGUGUUUGAACCUGAAAUGUUAUCAAAAAAAUGUAAUAAAAUCCCAAAUGUUAUAACUCACCUAAAAUGUAACAAGUUGCUACACAUUGGGUUCAGCAGCUAGUCUAACCUAAAUGUUAAAAUGAUUUCAGGUGUAUCAGAGGUGUAUCAUUGCUGUGCUUUGUGUUGAAAUCUCUAGACUUUGUGAAACAUCACUGACAGGGAAAUACUCCGACGUAGAUGGGAACCUUCACAUGACUCGCUCUGUAGCACUUGCCAGGAGUCAAGAGCCCUUAUCUCCCGAGGACCACAUGGUAAGGAAGGCAGUAUACAACCAGUUGGUUCGCUUGUUGGCAUGUGAUUUCUAGUUGAGAGAAAAAAGGGGAUCCCACAAAACUCUCCAUUGUGAUCAAAUUCUUGUUAUUCACCUGUGGUAAAAUGAAUAACUAUUAUAAACAGUUUUAAGCUCUCUCUGUGGGAAACUCAGUCUGCAGUGAGUCAGCAUGAACUCUAGAUUCAGUGAGUGGGAUUUAAACUGCAGUUUCAUCAACUGGUGACAAGAUGUCCACUAUCUAAUUCUCCAUUCAUUCUAGCACAGGGUUCCUGCAGAUCCUUGAAAAUUCUUCAAAACUCCUCAUUCAGGAGUAAAGAUUGGGGGUCAUUGAAGGCCUUGAAAAGUUCUUUUUACCUGUGAGAGGUUGUCAGUUUGAGAUGAGACAAAUUUGCAUGACUGAAUACAAGGAAUAAAUAUCCAAGUUCUUCCUCUUCUUCUCCUUCUCCUUCUUCGUCUUGUUGUUUUUCUUCUUGUUCUUCUUCUUAUUAUUAUUAUUAAAGCCACAGGACAAACAUACUGAGGCACUGGCUCUAUAUAACAGUAUAGAGGCCAGUGUAUAGGGGCUAUUGUUAUACUGUGAAUAUUUUCUAAAUCCUCUACCAGACAUAUUUUGAUUUGUUACUUCUAAUUCUUAAAGAGUUGUAGGACAAAUUAUAUAUCAAAAUGUGCUGUUUGAUCGGGAUCGGUGUGCUCUUACUUUUCUCAAUUGUAUACAAAAUAAUAUAGAGAAAUUUUGCGUGAAGUUUUUCCAAAGUUUUUGGCGAAGUCAACAGAAUUUGGAGCACAAAAUUGUGAAGCUAUGAAUAGAACAUACAUAAUAAGUGUGAGCGCAGUGCAGCUGAACUAUCUCUGAGGCUUUUCUCUGUUAUGGGCAGCUUUUUGUGUUCACUAACUAAGAACAGAGGGAAAGGAAGAUACAUGCAAAUUAAAGGGAGUUUGCCUUUAAAAUGGAGAAAACAGGAAAUGGUUCAAUGGUUGUCAAGGGUAACAAGGGAAAUACUUUUAAGUAGCUUGCAAGAAUGCUUUUCACCUUUGGAUUUUUUUUUACAUAUAUCAGUUGUGUGUCAAUCUUCAUUUGUUUCUCUGUUCAUCAGGUCUUUUCAGGUCUUACAUGUCUGAGAUGAGUUUUUAGCUGUGUGUUGCAAUGUUUUGAUAUUUUUUCAUGUCUGAUUCUUAACCAUGCCCAUAUCUCUCGCUUUCAUCCUCUCUCUCUCUCUCUCUCUCUCUCUCUCUCUCUCUCUCUCUCUCUCUCUCUCUCUUUCUCCCUCUCUCUCUCUCUCUCUCUCUCUCUCUCUCUCUCUCUCUCUCUCUCUCUCUCUCUUGUUCAGGGCUCUAAGUCUCCUCUGGAUGGCUCUCGACUGGUUGGACAGGUAGACAAACACAUCCUGCUGCUGGUGCAUGGAGUGGGAAAUGCUGGUAAGAGCAAUAAAGUUAUAUAUGGAUUAUAGAACAGAACUGACAGAACUGAUCAGUUAUCAAAUGAACUAUGAUAUUACACUUAUUCAGCUUGUGUCUAAAGAGCUGUAAGCAGUAGUUGUCCCUGGACUUGUUGGGGGAUAUAAUGACUGUUCUGGAUACAAGUAAACACCUUUGUGUCAGCCAAAACUAAAGGAAUAAUCUGAACCAACUGUAACUGAUCUAUUGACUUCUGGGAGAGACUGAAGCACAUUUGAGCUUUCUCCACAGUAUGAUUAAAAAAAACACAAAACUGAUCAGAUUAACAGGCAGGCAAAAAUCUCUUCUUUACUGGUGAAGUACCUCAGCAAAUGGUCAUCAGGCUGGAUGGCUGUCAGCGUGUAAAAACCUGUAAGCAGCCCUCAGCACUUCUGAGUGGAUCAUUGGACUCAACUGUCUGAACAGCAUCAGGACCGGCAGAGGGGGUUAUUUCAUGGCUUUUGUUUACACUUGAAUAUAUUUUCUCACUAAACUCUCAUUUUACAGUUUAUCCCACUAACAGUCAAACAUGAAAAAUAAACAGAGGAUUGGAUCAGCUGUUGUCUCAAUAAUAUGUCAAACCACUAUGCCGCGCCUCUAUGCACAUUGUAGGCCACCAUUAAAGCAAAAGAGAGAGAGAGACAGAGAGAGAAAUGAAGGGAGAGGAACUCUUAACUUCUCAUCUAUUAAACAUGUAGCUUGUGUGGUUGCGUCAUCUAUUACUGUGUGUUAGAUUUUAAGAUGUUGUUUAACACCUUUGUUAAACAUCGAAAUCCAUACUAUAUUAUUCUAUUCAAAUCAUCUGAGUGCUAAUGAUGAAGAAAUUUGCUGGAUAAGGCAUGCAGUUUCUCCCUUGAAAGCCUUGAUGGCACUCUUGACCCGGGUAUGUUUCCUUAUUGUAGACUAGCUGGGGUUAAACCAAUUCUAAAUCAACUCCUGUCUGGUCCACCACUUCCUGUUCUUUAGGGGGGUUAGUUUUGAAUUAGAUUUGAAGAAUCAAUCGUGAGUUUACUUUAAUCUAAGUGUUGGUUCAUCUCAUUUUAGCCAAACACGAUUCAGGUUUCUGAAGGGCUCUGCAGAUCAAAUGAACGGUCGGCCAGAGCUUCAGAGAAAACAGUGAUAAUGUUUUAACUUCAAACAUGUCUUCACGUGGACUUCCUCAAGAUUCAUAAAAACAAGACAAGUAGAAAUAACAGAAGCUUUGAUCACAGUUUCACCACCCUGGUUUGAAUAUUUGUGUGUUUCUAACACAAGAGUGACACCGAGGUUUUUCUCUCUGCCUGUCCAGGUCCAGAGAUCACAGACGAGCUGGUGAAGGUUCUGCGUAAGCGCUUGGAUGAGACAACAUUGGACAUCAUCACCGUCAUGCUGGUCAGGAACUGUAAGCUGACUCCAGCUGAUGUGGAGGUGAUUUGCUUCUUUCUCAGUCACUAUUUUGAGAUGAAAAGUGAAGAAUUGUCAAGAUUUUUGUGUACGAGGUUUGUUCCUGUGUGAUUACAUGUGGCGUAUCUUGCUCUGAGUGCCUGAACCUGUGCAGUGCAGUGUGUAAAUUGCUUACUCUUCCAGAACUGUGGGUUUUAUGUCCACUUAGGCAACCAAACUGAAAAACGCUUUGACUUAAGUUUUUCUCCAAAUGCUGUCUGGUCAGUUCAUCCAGCCUUCUGGAUCCCCGGCCACUGAGGUAAUGAACUUCAGUCUGCCCCAGUACUGCCUUCCCUGGCUGCCUGCUGUGGCUCACUACCUCAGACAGAACCUCCUCAUUUUCCUGCACAUACCAAAGUAUACUGACAGCAACACAGCACAUCACUUUAAGGUAAAAUCCCUCGAGGUGUUCGUCCGACUAUGUUACACAACUGCUUUGGUUGUUUUUGUUGCAUGUUUCAUGUUAUUGACCUUUUUCAUGAGUGUUUAUUAAGACAGAUUAGUCAAAGUAUGUACACCAAACAUGUUUUAAAUACACAUACAAGGGGCAAAGUAAGUAUGAAGGGAGUAUGGACUGCAGCGAUCUUCUGUUUGAAUUUGGUAGCCCAUGUUGUUUUGUGUAUGAGGCUGUGUGGCAGUUACCACGUGUUACAAGGCUAGAUCAUGAUAUAUAGACAUGCCAGUCCUGUAACAGUGGCUCUCAUAGACAGCUUAUUUGUACACCUCGGACUAUUAUAAAGCUGCAUUGUUACUCUGAGUGCGGAUGACUUGAUGAUACUGUAGUGGAACGAGGUCAGACAGAAGCAGAUAAUGCAGGACAGCAAAAAGACUUAGAGCUUCCUUUUUUUUUAAUUCACACAGAGAGCCAGACACUUGGUGGUACUCCUUCUUUACACUGCCUAUGGAGCAAAAUAAACUUCUUAAUACAACAAAAUAGUUAUUAUUGAUGUUGAGCUGUAAGGGGCUUUUUUUUUCUCCCACUCUGUCUUGCAGCAUCACUUUCAUUUGAACAGCGACUUGGCUGAGGGUGAUAUCUACCUCUACAACAAGCCUGGAGGCCAGGGGACGGGUGGCAAAGGUACUUUUAUUCACCCAGCUAGUUUUUGGGUUUACUUUAUCCAUCCAUCUUCAGCCACUUAUUCAGUCAGGUCUGGGGUGGGCAGCAGCCUAAGCAAGGAAGCCCAGACUUCUCUCUCCCACUUCACCCAGCUCUUCCUGAGGGACACAGCGGCGUUCCUAGAGCAGCUGAGAGACAAAGUCUCGCCAGCGUCUCCUGGGUCUUCCCUGCAGUCUCCUACCUGUGGGACAUGCCCUGAACAACUCACCAGCAAGGCAUCUGGGAAGCAUCCUAUACUGCCUACAUAUAUAUGGUUUACUAGAGUACCAAAAGUUAGCGGUCAGGUCUUGAUGCUGAAAACUCUUUUGACUAAAACAUCAAUUUAAACUGGACUAAAAUGAUGACUGAGGUCUUAAAUGAAACAACACAGAGACUGAAAUGUCUCUAAAAUCAAUCACAGUUUUCUUAAAUCACCAAGACUGUGAUAAACAGUGAGAUAAAGUACUGCAGUACAGUGACAGUGGCAGUGACACUGAUGGACUGUAGUAUGAACCAUGCUGGUCAGUGGGAGGAGGACAACCGUUGAUGAACUGAAUAUACAGUCAAAGUAGUUUUUCCUACACUCACAGGUUAGUUCUCAGGAGAGCUCCUGUCUUUGUUUUCUGCUCUGUAUUUCAGAGUCUGGCAUGUUCACUCCUGCAAAGAGGUUAAUCAGAAACUGGACUUCAGUUAGAGUCUUUUCAGAUCAGAAUCCACACCUGGACCAAAGUUAAGACUGUGUGUACUUGUUCUGACUCUAAACACUGGUGCACCCCUAAUGUUGUACUCUGGGUGUCUCUAAUACUGGUCCAGGUACCAUGUCGGAGCUGGUUAAGCAUCUCUUUCCGCCCUCCCAGUUCAAAGGUACCACUAACUGUCCCAACCUUCCUUCUUUUUUCAUCUUCUGCAGCCCUUUAUGUUGACUAAAGCCGCUGUGGCUUGUUCGUCUGACUGUAUGUGUUCUGCUCUUGGUCUUUUUCUCUCAUUUCUUUGCAGUGCUGUAACUCCUCCAGCUAAGGCUUCCCCCUGGCAUAUGUGUACACUGCUUGUUUUUGUUAAAAAAAAUGCUUUUUUUAAGUUAUAAACAGGCAGAAAUAUUUUCAGGUGGGUGACUGCCCGCUCAACAAGCGCUUCUCUGACCAUAGAGCACAUCCAUGAACUCUUGUUUGCUUGCUUGUGUGGUAUUUUGGUUCCCAGAACAGAGUGCAUGCUGCAUCAUUUGAAGGAACACACUAAAACCUGAGAGGUAAAUUCAAUUUAGGCAGCACUGAGACAGUUAUGAGGUACUCUGAUUGGUCCUUAUGCAUCGUGCCCAGACUAGUCAUCUCACAACCAAGUCUGUGACUCGAGUGUUGGGUCAGUUUGUUUCCUCUUGUGUCAUUUUUUCAAUAUCAUUUUUCUCCCAUUUAGCUCCUUUAGUUUCCUCAUCCAUCUAAAGGCAUCACAUCAUGUAUUGACAGAUUCAUCAGGCUCUGAUAGAAGAAGCAAAUCCACUUCCGAUUCUGAUUCAUCAUAUACAUGCAAGUCCGGAGAAGCUUUGAUCGGGGACUGUGUCACUGGAAUGGGGAAGGACAUGAAAAAGAUGUUGUCCUUUUAGAAAUACAUGUUACUCCAAACCUGUGUCUUUCAGCUUUGGUGGUGCCUUCACAAAUGUGCAGCUUCCCCAUGCUAUCACAGAUGUGAGCUUUUGAGCUCUCAUAGACUGGAUGGUCCCUCUCCUCCUUAGCCCAGAGUGGGCAGCACCCUCAUUUUAUUUACAGCCAGCACAGCACUAGUCAGGUAAAUGAAAAAUGAAGAAGGAUAGUAUCGAAAGUUAAAUAAAUUUAUUUUUUAGGUCUCUACCAAACUUCAAGCAAUUUAACUGAUGUGUGGUCACUCACUGAUGCUGAAUUUAUCCGCCUCCGGAUCCUUUUGGAGGAUCUGUUCCACACUGUAAGGUUAAUGUGUGACACUCUUACAGUUCUCUAAGGUUUGGGCUUGAGAUUGUCACUUACCCUGCACACUAAGUCAUCAAAAACGCACACAGAAGACUCGAGGGGGGGUCAGAUCCUGUGUUACCAAAAGUCAGAGUUGCUGUAUAACUAACAUCACCCCCCCACUAGAGAAGAAAUGGUGUAAACAGCCAGAAGCAGAUAUAGUCCUCAUUGACGUUGGUCGAGGCGUGUUAUGUUCAUUCAGAGGAGGAGCCUUGUGCGUACAGCCCGGCAGCACUAUGGGAUCAGAGAAAGAACAUCUGCAUAAAAACAUCCAAAAUCAGCAGCUUUGUCUGCCUCUGCCGAAAAGCCAAGGCCAGAGGUUUCCAGAAGAUUGUUUUCCCACAACAACUUUUGAGGUAUUCCUCUGUCCCCAAAGCUCCAAGAGUUUUUCUGGUUCUGUUGCGCAGGUCCGAUGCUUAGCAGGAUGCAUGUGUGUUUGUUAACUUUAGAGAUAUCUCAAGGUUGUGUAUGCACUCAGGAUUUUAGAUUUAACACACAGUUGAUUAACAGAUUCAGUUUUUCCUGCACUCUGAAUUUAGGCUGUUUUAUUCAUCAGACGUAUUUCUGUAAUUGUGACAGACGUUUUAUCUGUUCCAUUAGUUACAGAGCAAGGUGAAUCUAUCACAGAUGUGAUCACCAACAUUGUGAUGUUUACCUCCGAUUUUUAUAAUAAUAUUAUAAUACGAUUCUUGUCUACGGAGAACAAUAUUCUUAACAAUUGGUUCAUUGUUAUUUGAUAUUUUGUGCUAUUUUCAGGUAAAUUUGGGGGUUUCAAAGUUUUUGCAUAUCCUCAUGUUCAUUUUCAUAAACUUCUUGCACUGUCCAACUUUUGUAGAAACAGAACUGUAAUAACUGCUGUGCCGUGCGAUCUUGCAAGUCUUCACUUGGUCCAUUUAUUCCGUCUUUCAAACAGUCCCCCAUCUAAUUAGGCACUAUGUGUUUAUUUACUGAGAUAAAGACUCUUUCUUAGUCAUGGACAGUAACAGGACUGAGUUACAUACUAAGAGAAUACAUGACAGAAACUAAACUUUCUUUAAGGACAUUAAAUGGGAGGUACAGUUGUGUCCUGUGAAUGGAGGUUGAGUUGGACAUUAGUUGGACUUUGAAACACUUGGCUGAAUAAACAUGGAUUAGCUCUGUACAACAUAAAAAAAGUCUUUUCAACUGAGCUACAGCUCCGCUUUUGCUAAUUCUAAAUGGACUUAGUUUUAUUAAGUGCUUGCUUUGGCCACUCACAAGUGCACAAGUGCUGUUACAUUAGACACCACAAUCACACCUUCAUACCACAUUCAUGCACUGAGGCCCAAGGCUGCCAUGCAAAGUGGACAUCCGUGUUAACUAACUCCAUUUGGUGGCAGUGUCGGAGUCAAGUGUCUUGCUUGGAGGCACUACAGCAUGUAGACAGUGGGACCUGGGAUCAAACCCUCAACCCUCCAAUUGAGAGAUGACUGACACUUUCACUUUCACAGCCAACCCCUUUCAACACAGAUAAAAAAAACAUCUGUAGGAAUGCUGUUCAGAUUGCCUUUAAUGAAAGGAUACCUCUAUUAUUUAUCGAAACAUGUUUGAGGAUAAAAAAGUUUGUGAUCACUCCUGAACAAAGUUGAAAUGUGAGCUUUUUUGGUCAAGAACCUGCUGUAUACGAGUAAGUGGAGCAAUAAGGACUGAAGGGGGAUGUUUACAGUGAUAUAUUUGCUGCCCAGGCAAAGCAGAGGGGUUAAGUGCCAAAUACAAGGACAGUUAAAUCUGAAUAAUGCACUCGAGGUGUUAAAAUGCAAUGGCCUCUUAGAUGAUCAUUGUGUGAUCAGCAAAAGAGAGCUAAUGUUAUGCAUCCCAAGAAGUGUGAAGCGCAACACCUAGUGAAAAUAAACCAGACCACUUUUUCAAGGUUACUUGUUUUACAUGUAUCCCUCUAUUCUUUCAGGUAUUGCCUGCAUCACCCUCUCGUUUGUGGAUGCCCAAGGUCACUCUCUCCUGGUUCCAGCACAAGACUGUGCCUCUCUGCAGAGAACCAGGAACUGCACUAUCCCUCUGGAUCCAGAGCAUUUUGAUGAGCUAACUGCAGUUGGCAAAGAGUUCUCAACCAGUGACACCUCAGGUACAGCCAAACACAAAGCCUGCAGCUGGAUGGUAGUAGUGUUUUCAUAAGAGUCAGUUUUUUUUUUGUUUUUUUUUGGGGGGGGACUACAGUUUCUCCUACUGAGAAUGUAGAGGUCUUAAUUGCUGUAAGGGGUUCUUUCUUUCCUCCUUACUUUCUUUCAUUGUAAAUUACUUACUUAUUUACUUACUUGCAUGCUUGCUUACUUACUUACUUACUUGCUCGCUUACUUACUUAUUUACUUACUUGCUUAUGUACAUGCUUGCUUACGUACUUGCUUGCUUGCUUAUUUACUUACUUACUUACUAGCUGAUUUGCCUCAUUACUUGCGUACUAACUUACUUGCUUACUUACUUAAUGACCUACUUGCCGACUUGCUUGCUUACUUACCUACUUACUCACUUACUCAGUUUUUAAGAGGAUGGGGAGGGUUACAGUUUGUCCUACUGAGAAUGUAGGGGUCUUUAAUUGCUGCAUGGGGUUAUUCCUUUCUGUCUUUCUUUCUUUCUUACUUUCUUUCUUAACUAUUUACUAACUUAAUUGCUUACUUACUUACUUAAUUACUUCCUUUCUUACUUACCUACUUACUCGCUUGCUCGCUUACUUACUUGCUUGCUUACUCACUUACUUACAUGCUAGCUUACUUGCUUACAUUCUUACUAACCUAUUUGCUUGCUAACAUGCUUACCUAUUUAGCUACUUGCCUGAUUACUUGCUUACUUACAUACUUACUUGCUUACCCACAAGAUAACUUGCUUGCUUAUUUACUACUUAUUUACAUACUUGCAUACUGACUUACUUCCUUACCUACUUGUCUACUUACUUUCUUGCUUAUUUGCUUACUUGCUUGUUUACUUACUCACUUACUUACUUACUUACUUACCAAAUUACCUACUGACUUACUCAUUUACGAACUUAUUUACAAACUUACUUUGUUACUUACUUAUUUAUUUACUCACUCACUUUCCUACUUGCUUUCUUACUUACUUACUUGUGUACUUUCUUACUUGACAUUGUUAUUUGAUAUUUUCAGUGCUUGUGUUCUUGUGUUUGGUUCAUGUCUAAAACCCGAAAGCAUGCUUCAUAAUCAUCUCACUGGAUCACCUUUUAUAAACCAAGCCUAUUCUGUGCAGGACUUCCUGUUCACUUGUUUGUGUAGUGUAUUUUGUACUGGUGUGCUUUCUGCUUGUGUCUAACAGAACCACAGCUGUUGGUGCGGUUUGACAUCUGGGAACAAGGAAAUGUUAGCCCCAUACAGCUGAGUGAUAAACUGCAGGGGGCGCUACGUCAUGCACUCUGUGAUGCUGUCAUGGAGCUGAGAGUCUUGCCAAAUCCUCUAUGUCAGGAGGUUUUCUGCUCUGCAAACAAAGCUCAAAAAGAAGAAGCCAAAGGUGAGGACAUCAAAAAUAAUUAUUUCUGACUGCAGCAUAUCCCCUCUGUGUGUCCCCUCAGUCAUUCCAUCAUGGCUCACUCUGAGAUCUAAAAGUUCAACUGCCUAAGGACAUACAGUAUACCUUACAGGACCUGUUGACCCCAAAUGGGACUGCCAACUGUAAGACCUAGACACAGUUGUUGCCCAAUUGUCUGUUUCUGAAUCUCUGUCUACUCAGACUUGUGUAUCUGUCAUUAUACAGUCUACACACAGCUGUCCUCAUGGACAGUUUACAAAGUUAGAAAAUAAAGGAAAUGUCUUUGUGAUGCUGUAUAGGUGCCUACUUCAGCUACUUACUACCAUAUAUGAGUGACCAUAUCUCUUCUUUAGGUCUGCUGAUCUCUGUGCCUGAAGCAAAGGAAGUAAAGGAUGGCCCCAGACCAUGCAGUGGCUCACGGGUCUUCAAAACAAGCCCUUCUCCCAUCACCAUAACCCAAGCUGUAGGGACCUCACCCAUGACAGGGUCUAGCACACCUGAGUCCACCACUCCCACCAACAAGAGCACCCGCCGCAGUUUCUGGGAUAUACUGGUCAGUUUCUUCAGGGGUCUAACCACUGAAUCCUGUUCUUUGUUUGUAGACUCGACAUUUCCCACAGCCGCAUGUCCUACAGUGAAGUGAUGAUACCUGAUUUUGCAGUAUUGAUUCUAUAAUGUAGUGUAGUAUGAUAUUUAUUGAACUGUGAGAUUUUUGAAUUUGGUGGUUAUUCUGAAACAUACAUCAGCUAGGGUUAAGGUUAGGGUCUCCAGUGGCCCUUACCCUCUUCACUCUAUAAAAGUGAUCAUCAUGGUAACACUGCCACACAGCAGAGCAUCUGCAGCAACGGUUUGGAGGAAACAACAAGACAAGAAGCGUCAAAAUAUGAUGAGUAACUUUGAGAUGAGAACAUUGAGAUGAAAAAUUAGAGACAUGCAGAGAAGAGAGGAGGCAAGACAGGAGCUCAGGGUGCUAGGUCCCUGCAGUCUGAGCUAACCCUAUCCCUGAUCCUGCAGCUUAACUAAGAGCUGGUACAAGCCUGAGCCAGCUAUAACAGCACACAUCAACAAUAAGUCCAGCUCUAAGUAUACUCUAAAAAAAAGAGAGGGUGUCUGCUCCCCAGACCUGAACUGGUGGAGGAUUUUAAAUAAGAGGGGCCUGAUUUUUCUUGUAUAACCUUGCAUAAAGACGUUAGGUACCACAGCAGGCCGGCAUUCUGGCAGCUCACUGUUUUAGAGGGGCAGUUAUUAUAGAUAUGAUGGUUCCUAACUGUCAUAGGUCCGAAAAGGGGUUUUAAGUUUUGUCCUAGAAUUUAUGAGGAGGCCAUCACAGAGAAGCAGGAAGGACAUGCUCUUUUUUCCUAGCUCUAGCCAGAGCUGCAGGUUUGUGGACCAACUGAGUGUGUUUGAAGACUAAAGGAAAUCACACUAAUCUAACCAUGAAGAAGGUUUGCUGUGUCCAUUUGCAAAAGGAUGGGUCUGAGAAGAAGCUGUCCUUAAAUUUUUGUAUGUAGUAAUCAAAGCAUAAAUCCUGCUUAAUGAUUAUCCUGAGAUUCCAAACUGUGGUGCUUGCUCCAGGAUCUGAGGCAGUUAAACCAUCAGAAAAGAUUUCUCUGUGGUGUUUAGGGCUACAAUUGUCUUUUAAAAGUCAAGUAGCCAAAAGUUCCUGGUCACCCUGGUCGUUGUGUUUUUGAUGCAUUCUUCUAGUUUAGCUAGCUGGUGGGUCUCUUCUUGAUUCAGUGAUAAAUAUAACUGAGUGUCAUCAGCAAAGCAGAGAAAGUUUAUAGAGUAUUUCAGCGUGAUAUUACAUGGAGAAAGCACAAGUCUGUAUCUCUGUCAGUUUGCCUGUUGGCUGGAUAGGUAUCUGAGAUUGUUUCGCAUUAAAAUGAGACAGUGUACCACCUGAGAAUCUCAAAUUGUUGGUUGGUUGUUGUCACCAGAGACCACGUUGGGCAUUUGUGACAAUUGUUUGUUCCUUUCUUUCCUUGCAGAGUAAGCCAGACUCAUCAGAGCUCGGGAGCCCAAAAACAACAGAUGACAUUGUUCAAGAAAAGGGAGAAGAGGGUCGAGCAGCACGAAGACGACACAAGACAGAGAGUGUGAAGCAGCAGUGGAGUCAGGAGAAAGCCAUGGCUGUAGAGCUGGAACAGGCCCAGAGGUAAGUAUUCUGAACCUGCAAAGACUUGACUCAAAGUUCAUUCUGUCUUCUUGAAAGUGGAUUGUUCCAUCAUUUUGUGGCUUUGCAGGAGACAGGUCUCUCAGCUGGAAGAAGGAGAUAUCGGCACGCUUCACCUCAUCUACCAAGUCACUUGCCAGCCCUGGAUAACCUUCAUGGCUAAACUUGGUAAGUGAUACUUUAGUGUAAUUUCAUUGUUGGGGAAAAACUGGUCUUCAUGAGGAACCAUUUGACAUUCGGCUGAAGUGCGUCUCUUUCUGUCUCUCCUGCUGACCUGGCUGCUGUAAACAGACUGCCCCUCCAUUCAGCAGUGCACAGCUGAAAUAGCUUCACACUUUCUCCUGCCAUCCAUCUUGGCAGAGAUUGUCAGUUUGGUCAGUUCUCUGGCCAGUGAUACAACCGUGAAGGCAUUUGAGAAGAAACGGUAAGGUGCUGGGGCUACAGGUCGGUGGUUUUUAUCACUUUUCAAAACAACAAGAGGACAUGUAUUUAAAACGUUUUUACUCUCAUUUUUCUUUUUUCCUUGUAAUGAAUUUUGGCUGAGUCAAACUUUCACAUCCUCGUUUUUUCCUUCUUUUUUUUUUCUUUCUUUUUUUUUCAGUGGUCUUUGAUUGACUGUAAUGAUUGCAGUCAGUGCUUAUACACUUUCUUACCAGCCUCUAUUUUAUAACAUUUCAGGCUCUUUCUCCUGAAGUACUUGCAUCACAUUUAUUGAUCAGUUUUCACUGCAGAAUUGUCUUUAGCCCACUAAAGUUUUUUUCUUUUUUUCUAAUGCAGGAAAUACAGAACAUUGUCAAAAUUUAAAAGCUUUUGAGGAUGGUGCAGGGAUGAAAUUAUUCCUGACAGCCUUUUGUAAACAUAUACUGUACAUUUAAAAUAUUUAUUAUUGUAACUUUUCCAACUGUACCAUAAUUGUUUUCUCUUUCUCUGAAACCUUUUUAGCUGUCCUCAGUCCGGAGACGUAUUUGUACCAUUUCCCCUGGUCUCAAACCUCAACCAGCCUCCAGGCACCACAAAAAGCUUCAUUCUCAUUGGGCGCAACUUUUAUCAGUGGCAUUGCAGCACAGAGCAAGGUAUUUGCUCAUGAUUCACAGAGGUCACCUCCUCGCUCAGAGCUGGACAUCAGCCCUACCUCCUCAGCUUUACAGAAUACACUAUCUAUGACCUUUACUUCUCUCAUCCUCCUUUGUAAAUUACAGAAACAGGCCAAGUCCUAAAUACCAUUAGAAUAAGAAACAACAGUGUGAACUUAAGUUCUUAUCCAUGGUCACAACCAUAUAACAUAAACUACAGUGGAAAUAAAAAGUCUGACACCUCUGUUAAAAUGCCAGCUUUGUGUGAUGUAAAAAAAAUCAGACCAAGAUGAAGUAUUUCAGAAUUUUUCCUCCUUUAUUCUGACCUUUAACCUGAACAACUUCAUUUCAAAAACAACGGGAGAUCUUCUCAGGGAGGAGUGAAAAUAAAAAAAAUAGAUGAAUGAGGUUGUUUAAAUAUGCACACCCUUAAACUAAUACUUCUGUUGAUCACCGUUUGAUUGCAUUACAGCAGAUUUUGUUCUAACACUGACUGGUAUAGAGCAUGAAGCGACCCUCUCAAUGCUUCCCUGUGGGUAUGGGGUUUUUCUGCUGAUGUGCAGUAUUGUUACUGGGCCAAACAAACCUUUUAGAGUAAAGGCCUAUAGGAUUACCUCAGUUUUAUCAGAUCAUAGGUCAGUUCUCCACAUGAGACUUCAAAUUUGCUUUUGUUAAAUGUCUCAUUUUCUUUUCUCAGUUUUUCUAUUCUUAAUUUUUUUCUCAUAUUUUUUAUAUCACAGAAAGCUGGCAUUUUAACAGGAGUGUGGAGACUUUUUAUUUCCACUGUAUAUUAAAAGAUAUCAGAAAGAGGUGAGGUGGGCAAAUUUGCCAGUGCUAACAAAAAAGUUCCUGUAAACGACCUUUAGGUGUGAAAAUCGUGAUGAUAGUGUUUGUAUAGAGAGAAUUGGACGUGCAUUUUGCUAACAUGACUCAGCCAGUAAUUUAAGCUGAAAAUAUUGAUGGUAGGAUGCAGCACCUGUUUUUAAAUCACAGGACUCAGUGGGACAGAGAGUCAUUUCUCAAAUGAAGACAAAAAAAGCAAAAGAUUGAUUUUGAAGAUUGUACUGAUCAACAGACAGAUAUGGAUGUGCAGAAUCAGCCUUGAGUGAAGUCAGGGUGCAGCAUGUUCCUAACACAUUCAACCUUAGAAGACGUGAAGAUGAGAAGAUCCAUGCAUGAGUGUUUGAGCUUUCUACAUGCUGUCCUCUCUGCUGCACCUCUGUGUUUCUCUGUUCAUGCUCUCAGCUGUCUAACUCAAGUGUGUUUUUUUUACUACUGUCUGCUUACAUUCGUUUGUGUCAUGCUGUCUUUCAUUGUCCAUGCUACCUUGCUGUUUGUACCAUGUUGCCUACAGAGGACAGUUCAGAUGAGGAAAACGCCCCUGUGCUUAAUAGGUUCACACGUAAGUUUUCCUUUCAGCGAGCUACAAUCCUGACUGGGUUUUUUCUUACAGAUUGAUAGUCUAAGGCAAUUUGAAGAGGGUGAGGGCCACUGAAAAAUUUGGAGGUCUGAUCUUAUUUUCAGUUUCUGUCUUAUUCUCAGGGUUUAAAACUGAAUUUUGACUUUUUUCUACUAGUUCGGACUGUAUGGUCGGUAGUCUGACUCGGAUUUGUCAGAAAACAGCCAAAAUAGUGAGUUAAGAGUCAUAACUUUGAAAACAAGAUCAGACUUCAGCAAUUCUGAAUUGUGACCUUUUAUCUUAUUUUUUAGAGGUACAAAAAGUUUAGACACUUGCAUAAAAAAAUCAAAUGACAAUCCUUUAAAAUGUGCUUUUGAAUGUAGAACUCAGAUUUAGAAAGUUUUAUUGUGACUCACCUUUAACUUUUGAAUCAAAGUUUUUAAAUAAUUUUCUGUUGUCUGUAAGUAAAUAAUAGGCCCAUAUUUAAUAAAGACAGGUAAAAACGAUCUGAGGUUAAGUUGCAGUUUGCACGCAGGCUUCUUUAUUUUUGAUUUAGAGUACAAUCAGAGAAAACUUAGUAAACAGCGACAGAGUGGUGAGUUUUGUCCAAUGAAAAAGUCAGCAGAUUUGCCUGUUGCCAUGUUUCUUUGGAAGAUGCUUAAAAUGUUCAGAAAGUAAACACUUUAAUAAGUUUGGCAUUUUUGACAUUAUUAAAUGCAAAUUUAAAAGUUUUAGUCUCUCUGUGGGGGAAAUAAAAUAUCUUUCCACAGGUCAAAAAUAUUGGUCCUUUCUCUGAUAAUGUUUAAUUUAAAAUAAUUUUUAUUUAGUUGUCAUGACCACAGCAUGGGUACAUAAAAACAACCUGUGCAGUUCUAGUGAAAUGUGGAGAGGGGUCUGGCUGCAGACCUCUAAUAGGAGGACCCACCUCCACUGGGUGAAACAGAAGUUGUUUGAAACCUUUCAAAGUAAAAGCAAACAUACCAGGAGUACGUUUCUUUUUUUAGGGCCGUAGUUGAUUCAAAGCCUUUAAAAAGAAAAGCGAUUAGACUGGGAAGUACGUAUUAUUUGUCUCGUGUGAAUGUAAUUUCUUUCUUGGGGCUUUAUUUUGGGUUUAUAAUUUUAAUAUGAUUUUUUUUGUGUGUAUUAAUAUGUUCAACAAAGACAAAAUACAGAACUGGAUGAUCACUUCAAAAAAACUGAAAUGCCUGAGAAAUAAUGUCACCUCAGGUCCUCUCAGUGGACAUUUGCAGCCAGACUGUCUUGAAAAUGCGGGGAAUGAACACGCCCUCCUUUGAAUCACUGGUCAUGUUCUGCACUUUUUCUCCCUCAUUAGGCUUAAAUUUUCAUCAAACUAAAUCAUUAUUUAACCAAUCUUGAGGAACUUUGUUCGAUAAUAAUUUGAGGACCAUAAAAACAGUAUAAUAAUAGGCUAAUAAAAAUAUAUCAAAAACACAUGUCAGAGUCAUGUGUUCCCUGUUUGCUCCUGUCUGAGGAUGAAAAAGCAACAGUCAGGCUGGUUAGUAGAGAGCCAUGUGGGGGAGAACAAGCCUGGCUGUGGUUUGGACUGCUUUUCCAUUUCACUGAGUUGUUCUCUCUCUUCUGUCCAGCUCACAAAGGCUUCCAGCGCUUUGAGGCUCUUGAGCAGAGUGAUGGGUUCAGUCCUAGUCAUGCUAUGGCAGGACUGGCUCCCCGCCAGAGGUUCCUCUUCAUCAGCAUCUUGGACAAAAAGGUGACACCAUGUUGAAGUUUCUGUGUUUUUGGCCAACCAAAGAACGAAAAAGCUCCUACAAAUUCAGAAGGUCUUAGUUACCUCCAGAAGCAUGGAAGUGUGCAUACGAUCGUUAGGUGUUGUCAGUUCUGUUCAUUUAAUAACUUUAAUAACUUCUUAGUGAUUUAUUCAGCUUUAGCACUGAAGGCAUUUUGAGGGCUAGAUGAAGAGAAAUCCUAAAUGAACGUUAAUAUUCAUGCAUUAUACUACUGUACAAUACUCAGUCCAUUCAUUGGGUUGAAUUUGUUAAUAGGAACAUGUUUGACCCCUCACCACCUGUUCUCAUUUAGUCUCAAAGGUAUUGGCUGUAAGAAUACAGAAAUACUUUUAUACUAUGGUUAUACCAACGUUCACAAAGCUUUGGCUGAUGGAUGUGAAAGUGGGAAGAUAAAUACACUGGCUUCAUGGACCAGUACCACAGAACUGUCAGAGUUCAGGAUCUGUGUAUUAAGAAUUAAACAGUUGAUCUUAGUCAGUGAAUUAGGAAAGAGGAAUAGGGCCUCAAGAAAAAAAAAUGAAAAAAAUGUCCAAUAUUAUUUUUUAUCAUAAUCGAGAAAAAAAGGCAGAAUUCUGAGUUUUUUUCUCUCAGAAUUAUGAUAAAAAAAUAAUAUUGGACCCUUUUUCAUUUUUUUCUUGUGGCCCUAUUCCUCUUCUGUAGUAAAUACAGUUAACAAAGACUAUUUUAUUUCUCACAUAUUUAAUGAUCAUUUAGUCAUAAUGACUUAUAACCAUUCUUUGAGGGGGGAUUCCUGUGUGUCUCAUUUCUGAGCCGACACAAAACUCCAAUAAAAACUCAGGGUUAAACCAACCUUUAGGUGUUUGUGAUAUGUCAUGUUUCACAGUAUAAUCCUCCUCCCUCAGGUGACCCUGUACAGCUAUAACUGGUCUGUGGACCUUGGUGCCUCUCUCAACCGGGAGCUCAUCCGCCUUGUUAACUGGCAAAAUGCAAGGGCCCAUGUUGUCCAUUGUCUGCUCAACCAGAAGAUGGGCCUUUUUCAUCACUUCUGUUACUCUGAUGCACCCAUCCAUGAACUGGACUCCAAGCAGGUAAAGACCCACCUAGAGGAACUUAAACCCAUAAACCUGAAAUCCUGUGGUUAAAUCCAGGCAGGGGAUCUGCUGAUCCUCACCCUUUCUCUGUCUGUCUGUCUGUCUUUCUCCCUCAUUGAGGUGAAACGUCGCACUCCCACAAAGCCUGGUUUUCCUCUCACAGUAAUAAACUUUGUAUUUGAAGGCGUCACACUUUAGAACAGAAUAUAAUUAAAAAUACAUGUAGACGAAAUUCAGCCUAAUGCUCAAUAAUGUUCAACUUUGACUGACAUUAUGUAAGCUGUAAUACAGCCAUAGUCUCACAGUCUUAAGUUAGCCUAAUAUUCAUUUCUUGAUUGAUGAUAACUUCAUCAUGAGAAGACUUUUUAACAAACUAUGUUUUGAGGUUUUGUUUAUACAGAUAAUUGUAAGCUUUUGAGCGGAUGGGAGACAGAGAGCAAGUUUAAUACCUUAUUCUUCGAUAAAGACUCAGACAUGUCUCCAUCAUCUUUAUGAUACUUUUCAGAUAACAAUACAGUACAAUACUAGAACUUCAUUGACCCAUCAAGGUUUUGGGGGUCUUUCAUGCCUAAAAUUCUCAAUACUGCUUGGAUAGGAGAGGAUUCAGAGAAAGAAGGAAAACCAGGAGGACAUGCGAUAUCAGCCUUCAUGGCGGUUGAAAUGAAAAACAGAAUGUCACCUACUGAUUAGAUGCUGCAAUAAUUCAAACUGAAGUGAAACCAAAUGAAAGUACUGGAGUUAAAAACCUCAGAGCAGAUAUUAUUAAACACACAAAGGCUUCCAAACAGAGGAGAUGUGAUGAGCCAGGAGAAAGAAGUUGUUAAAGUAUCGAGCUCAACUUUAAAACCAUCAAAACACGAAUCUAAACAGUGUUUCUAGUCUGUGCGUGAGUCAGAGUCACUUCCGAUUGUGUGGCAAGACGUCAGUCUGACAAGUUGUUAGAGAUAGAUCGUAAUAAUGCCUGCUAGUUAUGAAAAAUCUUUAGGAGUGAAUGUACAAUUUCAAAGAAACAAACACAAGACAGUGGUGAACAUAGACAGGUGCUGUAGCUCUGCCCUCUGACCUGUUUCUCAGUAAUCAGUGGAUACCCCUCAUUGUUGAGGUCUCUUCUGUCUGUAAAGCAAAGAUGAGUUUGUUUCAAUUAUCCUUUGAGGGGCAGUUUCAUACUCCUGGAGCACAUUAACAUCCAGAGAUGAAUAGAGGUUUUUUCUGUUAUCAUUUUAGAGGUUACAAGGUGCUGAAAAUACAGUGCUGUUCUUACAUCGUGGUGUCAUUUAGAGCAAGGCUUUGCAACAAAGAAAGACACUAAAUGACCUUUUAACCUCCCCCUCCCUCGAGCCAGUUUACAAAACAAGCUGAAAGAAUUCAAAGAUUUCAACUUUUCCUUUCCCUUCAAUAGUCCUGUUCAUCAACACCACAUAACUAAUGAGUCCAGACAGGAGGCAGAGUCAGAGCAGCAGAAAAUUUGCCUGAACAGAGCUUCAUCUGUCAUGGUCCUGAUGAGAAGCAGAGGGAGCACCAGUGCUCAUUUGACCCUCCACCCUGUGGGCAUGCUGCAGUCAUCUCCCCCACACUGGGGCAUCUGGCCCUUGAGCUGCUCCACUGAACAAACUUGCCUGAAAGUUCCUCUCAACAGCAACCAGGGCACAUGAACAUUGUUCCCGAAGUAUCCAGCAGUAAAAAUUACAGUGAUAUCCAACAACAUGCAUAAACAAGUGCACUCAUUAUGCAAGCAGCAUGGUUUAUUUAUUUAUCUCCCUGCUGUGACACAGGGCUGUACAACAGUGCAGGCAUCAGUCCCUACAUGCUACACAGAAGACCAUGAGUGAAAAAAGAGGAUACACUUCUGAUGAGGAUGAAGUGGAGUAGCAGCUGAUCCCAGUGUGCUGUGUAACAGCAGAAGGGUGGACAGAGUGGAUAUGGUCUUUCUGUGUCCUUUAGACUCAGGCCCUUCACCUUAACUGACAUUACUGAUGUUUCACAGAAAGACGGUACACCAGUGGGUUCAAUACUGCACAGCAGCAUCUUAGUAGUGCAGAGGCAUCAUCCAGCAAAGGAAAUAUCCUGAUCUGUAAUAUUGAGACUGUAUCUCUACAAAGUCUCUGAGUACCCAAUACUAGAUCAGUGUAAGUCUCCUGUCUUCCAUUUGUGUCCCUCUGAUCUGAGGUUAGCUAGGAGGCUGGUUAGUCCAAACAGGGUAGCUGAGGUCUUCCUGACUCUCUUCCUGGGGCAGUUGCACAGCUUGUAGCGGUGGUAUGCUGGAUGGUUGGUUAAAGGAAAUGCAGGCAGUGAUCAUCUCAAAGUCCACUGGACUGAGCCCACCCCUCACUUUUACAUAUCUUUAUAAAGUGAUCUACAAAUCUGGAAUAAAGCUGUCCUCACUGUCAGACUUGUGUUACAUCACCUUUGGCCUAUUUCCUCUGCUUCAGUAUUGGCACUAUCUGAACAUCAAAUUCUUUUCAUUUGAGUUUAAAGCUAAAGUAGAUAUUCAUGUUUUAGCCACCUCGCAUAAUGCAUUUGAACCCAUCUGUAAGGGUCCAUUUGAUAAGGUUAUAGAUCUUUUACCUCCUUCCAUAAAUCACAGACACUUCUUUAAACUCUUACAGUGAGCACUGAUAUAAAGAUAGACUCAAUGACUCUGCCUCUGAUGAUUCAACACUUCUACAUAACUGUACUCUUUUCUCUGUCGCUUAUUUAGAAAUUGAUGCCGGCCUUUUUAACUCAGAUGUGUCUCUGCUGUCUGUCUGUCUUUCUUCACUAGAAUCCAAACCCAUUCCUGAGCUCGUCCAUGGAGCCUGAUGCCUUGCUGCGCAGUACAGUUCCUCCUUUUCUCAGUAAAGAGCAGGGCAGGCUGGGUAGCUCCGGUCGAAUUCUUGCGCCGCUCCACUUCCCCUCUGAGCUGCUUCCCUUUGACGAGGCUCUGAGGGAUGUAUGCACCAUCAAACCCCUGAUGGAUGGGGAUGUGGUAGCCCGGCAUGGUGGUCAGCUCCUGGAGAUUAAGGCUGCUGAGAGAAGAGGUUAAACUGUCACUGAUGAUAUUUAGGAUAAGGACAUGGAUAUUUUCCUCAAUUCACACUGUAACACAAACUCUUAUGUUGACAGAACUGGAGAAACAGAUGAAGAUAGAGAACCUGUUUGUGACUUGGCAGCAGAGGUCUGCACAGUCCAACAUGCCCAUUUCUGUAAGUUCGACAUUGCUCUCUCAGUCAAAUACAAACAUGACUUUUACAUCACACCUUUUUUUACUUUCAACUCAACACCAGGUCAUUGGUGAUUUUUCAGAACAACCAUCAUUUUGCUCAACAUAAUAAAAUGAACCAGUACUAUUUCAGCUUCCGUCCAGUUCACCAUAGUUGAGAAAUUCCUGAUUUUGGUCUUUGACUGGUUUUACUGGUUUUGAAAAAAAAAGGAAAACUUGAUCACAAACCAAACAGCAAGCUUUCUAGCUACAGUUCCCCUUUUUUGCAGUCAAGAGAAGUUAAAACUUGUUUCUUUAUUUUCCCUGUUUUUAAAAAUAAUGCAAGCUUGUAUGGGUCACACCACUCUGCCAUCCACAUGAAUGAUUGAUUUAUGUAGAUCUGAUGUAGGUCAAUUUUUAUCGGAGGCUGGUUUCCUCAGUCUGAGCAGACUUUACCAGGAUGUGUCAGAAAAAUGGAAACAGCUGCUUUUAUUCAGGUUAGGUGUGGUACAGGUUCACUUUGGGUUCAAAUAAGGCUGUGCGAUGACUUGAUUUUAAAAUUGUAAUCGGAUUGAUUAUGACGAUGUUAAAAAAAUUAAAAUUCUCAAAUCCUGCAAGAGCGCUCCUCAGUUCCCACACACACCAGUGUAAACAAACAUGGCGUUUGCAAAAGAAGGCAAUAAUUUCGAGGCUAAAUAGGGCAACAGCAAGUCAGUCGUGUGGAAUUGGUACGGCUUCACAGUUUCGGAUGAAGAGCAAACCACUCCCCGCUGCAAAGUCUCUCUGAAGGCGGUAUCAACCCAUCCAUCAGAAACAAAUUCAGAAGUAAAUACAAAAGUUUUUUGUCAUAUUGGCGUUGCAUCCACACGGAAACAGAGUUUCAGGUGACUGUAAACAGUACUUUUUGAAAAUGGGUCAGAGAGUGCAUAAAUCUGUAAACGACUAUCAUUUCAUCUCCGUGUGGAUGUCUAUCUGCAUCUCUCUUGAAACAAUUAUGUGACACACAGCAUAACUCUUUUAUGGCGCCUGCGCCAGCCAAAUUAACCUUUAUACCCACGCUCUGUACUCUUCUUCUGUCUUUUGUGUAUUUCCUUGGCAGCAUUACAGCGCCACUUACUGGCUUGGCAUAUGCACUACGUCGGAUUCAGUGGUUUAGUUUAGAGAGAUGACAAAAAAAAUGUAUUAAAGUGAAGUUUGGUGAAGUUGUAACUGAAUCAAAAAUCGGAAUCAAAAAUCGAGUUUCCAGAGAAAAGAAUCAAGAUUUUAUUUUUGGCCAAAAUCAUGCAGCCCCACGUUCAAACUGUCUCUAAAAGUUGAGUUAGUACUUGGCACAUCAGAAGAAGAGUGAAAUGUUGCAACACAUUGAAUCUGACCUACAAGCCAGAUUUUUUUCACCCAGUACAAAUUAGACUUGAAGUCCAUCUGACAUGGUUCAGCACACUGUCAGCCUCAGUACCAAGUCUAGUUUUUAAUCAACACAACUGUUGCAGUGUCACCCCCUGAUACUGAAGUGAUCAUGUCCAUGGAUGUCUCAACAGGGAACAGAUCUGGAGACUCUGAAACAGUCAUCAAGGCUGGUCCACUACUGUGCAACCCCACUCCUCUUUGACCCUGUCUUUCGCAAGCAGAUCCAAGAAGAACAAAUCAUUCCGCCCCCAGUAAAGGUGCGUUUGCUGUUUGGUGUGUUACACAAAGAGAAGUGUGAACAGUGUGCCAGGUUGUGAUAAUGCUCAGCUGACAAUCAUUUCCAGAUGCUCCUCCUUCACAGUCUGAAGGUUUGCUUUUUUACAUAGUUGGAGGACUGACAUAUUUGUGGGGCUUCAUUAGUGUUUCCAUUCUUUACCCACCAAGUCCAACAAAACACAUAUUUAUGGUAAUUACAUCUGAAGAUCAUUUUCAUGAACUCUCAGUGUGACAGUAAAAGCAGGAACAGUCUUCUAGUGAGACCAGCACAAAAGCCCCCCAUCAAGCUCCAGUGUUCUAUCUGCACACACCAGUACAGGCAACAGUGACAGUGAGACUUUGCGUGUCAGAGAAAUCAAACAACAGAUUCACACACUGCAGUGAGUUUUAUUUGGAUGAUGAAGUGAUGUGCAGUGGCCUUUAACCUUGAUUCAUGGAUGUACCUCUGUGCCAGAAACGACAUCGUUCCAGUGACUCAACAGCCUCAGGACGAGACCGGAGCUACAGCACUGAUUCAGGGGACAUGUUUCCCUGCCGACUGAAGGAAGAGCCCUGGCUGCUGGAAAUCUCCAGCACCUUCCUCCAGCAGUAUGUGCAGUACCUGCAGAGCAUGGGCUUCAUUCUGGUUCAGGUCCGGCCUCAGUCUCCAGCUCGCAGGUCUGUGUCUGUGGGGAAGAUUUACAGUUGUGUGUGUACUUCUGAUCAUUGCUGUUUUCCUGUUACUGUGUUGAAGCCAAAGUGGUACACAUCUGUACAUCACAUCACACUGUAAAUCAAGGAUUCUGUUGUUUUCACAGCAGGCCAAACUUCUGAAUUUGAAAAGUUUACAUUUUCAGACAGUGAAAGGACAGUUUGUGUUUCAUAAGGUCACUCUCUGUUUCAGUGUGUGUAUCUGUGUUUUUGACCUCAUAAUAUUUCAUAUAUUGUCCUCUUCAGUCUCAGAUUGUCCCGCAGUCUUCCAUCCUUAGACUUUGUUAAUCCACUCCUCCUUAUGUUUGCUUUGGUGACCUCUGACGUCCCGGCUGUUGGCUGAUGUAACAGGGGCAGAAGAAGGCCAGAUGUCUGUUCUGUCCUUCCUGCUUGUCACUUUCUAGGCUCAGACCCUGGGACUCUCUGAGUAAUGUCUUACUGUGAGCUGUUGUUGACCCAUCAGCCUAUGAUGAUGUCUGCUUUAUGACCCUCACUGACCUCCUCCUCUUCUUUUCUUACAGCACUGCCCGAGCUCGAGCUGCACUGCUAAGCUCCAUGUCCUCAGAAGGGAGGAUGUCUUUUUCCUAUGUGAAGCAGAAGAGUGAGGACAGCCCUAAGGUUGGUAUGCAGUCUUUAGAUAUGCAGAAUUUUUAUACACACACACACACGCACACACGCACACACACACACACACACACACUAAGUCAAGACGAGAUUUUAACAAAUGCCCCGCUAAUGCAAAAACAGCCUGAAAGUCCAGUCAUCCUGAAAUAUAGUGCUCUUCUCUUUUUUCCUCAUUUCUAAUUUACAUCAAACUUUCUUUUUUAAAUUCUGCAAACCAGAAUAAUAAGUGACAUCCAAGUUCAGAACGAUGUAAGUCAAAGCAGAAACUAGAUCAGACAUUCUCAGGUUUAGUGACGGGUACAUGAGGGGCAGAGUUUCUCUGAAGACGGGAGGAGCUUCACCGCUCUGUGAGAGACUGUGUGGGCACUAAGUUGAACAUUUUCAGAGCAAUGUUCCCCAUUGUGAAAGUGUAAGGAAAGGAUUUAUUCAUUUACGGUAGAAAAUAUCAUUCGAAAAUCAGAGGAUCUGUAGAAAAGUCUGUACAAGAGGAAAGAGACCUGAAACUAAUAUGCUCUUUGGGCUCUGAGGCGGUACCAUGUUAGAACAGACAGGACUCUGUAGUAAUGAUCCUUUCAAAGCUGUUUGGUCUGUGAACACAGUUCAUACCACAACAAAUGCAGGUUAAAGGUGUACAACAUAGAGAGGGAACAAUAUAUAAAUAACAAUAAACAUACCCAGAAAGCUGGGUGGCUUCUCUAUCAUCCAUCAUAAAGAGCAGACAGCCCAGCUCAUUAUCAGGGCGCAGUUCAAAAACCAGCAGCCUGAUGGUAUUUGGAGGGGGUGCACCUGUGGCAAUGGCUGCUCACACACCUGGGAAGGCACCUCUAAUACAGAACAUUAUCUACAGGUCUUGGAGCAGGAUCUGCUGCCAUCCAGACAGUGCUUUUUUCAGAGCAUGGCUCUGUAGUAGAAGAGUCUUGGUGCCAAACUUGUCCCUCAUUGAAAACAUUUGGAGCAGUGACACAUUUUCUCACAGAAACACGGUUAACUCGUGUCUGGAAAAAAUGAGGUGAAGUGAAAGAACACAACAGGUUCUGUCUCGUCUCUCAUCCUGCCACUAAAACCUGCUCUUACCUCCUAACUAACUUGUCAUUAGAUUAAAGUGAGACAACAUUCAAACGUUAUAGAAUAUAAAGAGAAAGAAAAAAUCCCCUCCAUCUUAUUUUCAAAAGAGAAUAAGCUUGUGUUAGUGAUAGACACUGGCCCCGCUUACAUGGGUAGUUUUCCUCAAUCUGAUUGAAAUCAAUCGGAUUAAGUGAAUCUGAUUCCAUCUGUAUACAUGAACUUUAAGUAAAGAGAUCCAUGUUCAGUCCCUGCUUUCAUGGCCCCAGCUGAAUCCAAUUGUAUUGUAUUGUAUCAAUGGAAUUGUUAAUAGGAACCAUUGUUUUAGUUGAGUUUUAGAGUUGCGCAUGGACAUGUUUGUGUGUGACACCGCCGGAGUUACCAGACCGAGCAGAGUAAGAAACCCUAUGUGUUGAAGUUUAAUAAAAGUAUAAUCCAGCCGGGUUACACAGCAAAAAGAGAACACUUCGUCAGUCGCACGAAACAACACACUUUAACACUCCACCGUCCAGUUUUUCUGUUUGUUCGCCAUGUUUGUUUUCGUUUGGGCGCGCUCUGCAUACGUCACUACGUGACUCUUACGUACUACCGAGCGCCUGCGCAGACCGAACAAGCCUCUCUGUAAACCCAAUCCGCUCCACUCAGCCGUAUAUAUGGAGCAUGGAGCGGAUUAUCAACCGGUGUAGACUACCUCUUACAAUCCGACCCGAAAUACAAUCAGAUUGGCUAAGGUGUUUAUAUGAGACAUUUUGAAUCUGAUUGACCUUUCAAUCUGAUUGUAAAUAGGAUUUUUGGACCCAUGUAAACGGGGCCACUGUAUCUCUGACAUUGUUUUUAUAGAAACAUCAGACUCAAUCAUCAGAAAACAGUUUAAAAAACUUAUUAUAGUAAAAAUCUAUAUUAUCAAAGAUUUGAACUAUUGCCAUCAUCAUGGUCUGUCAGAAUAAACAUGGGACUUCAUAAUGCCAACAAAAAGCCCAGAGCAAGAAAUCACCAAAAUUUCCAGAAUAAGUGAGAGACGGGCUCAGUUUGCUUGCAUGUUAUUAUAGCUGUUUAUUUUCACUGUAUCUACCAUCACCAUCAUCCAAAUUCAGAGAACCCUCCAGUGUCAUUGACUUUCUUGGGACAUCGAGGAAUAAGAGAGUGUGCUGAGUAAACACAGGGGAAACACAAAUGUCAUUUUAAUCUUACACACAAUGAAGGGGAAGUAAAGUUGAAACAGUUGGUUUGUUGUACUCUUACUUUGUUAGAUGCGUAUAAUUACAGGGUAUAAGGAUAUUUAAGUCAUACUAUAAAAUACCCAUGACCUUUGACACAGUUUAAUGGUCUUCACCAUCUUACUGGUAUCAACAAACAAAAGAAGAACUCUGUGAAAGCUAAUGUGAAAAAGUACCUUUGCCUUACUCUUAAACAAACAAAUCAAUGGAUUAUUUAACACAAAGUAAGAUAUGAGUUAUUUGGUAUAGUUCAAAGUUAAAGUGUCACAUCCCAAAAGAUAAAGAUGUGAAAUACAUUUAUACUCCACUGAAGUUAUAUGAUCAAUACAGUAUUUUCCUGCAGUUAUAAUUGAAGACCAUAGAGGUAGUUAAGGGUUUGAUUGAAGUAAUAAGAGGUGCUGCAGGUACGGUUCAGAGAGGUUCAAAUGAACCUUUGAAACACAUUAUCCUCUCUGUCUAUUACCCCUGCAGACUGCUCCCUCUGGCACCACAGCAUACCACCUUCAGAGAGCACUACCAGGAGGGAUUGUGUUAAUGGAGCUGGCUUUUCAGGUAAGGUGGCCUUCAUUUGUGAGCAGCACCAUGCUUUGUAUAAACAUCUGUCAAAUGCUGACCUCUGAUCCAGGGCUGAGAGAGAAGAUAAUGUUUUUAUUUAUAUUACAGUGGAAUAUGACUAUUUAUAUGUCAGAGAGAGAUAGAGAGAAGGAUAGAAUGAUAGAUAGUUUGGUAGGGGGGUCUGUCAGAUAGUGUGGUAGGCAUAUGUAUAAAUGAAAUCACCAGGUCAUUUCCAUGUAAAUCCUUCUUCUUCCAGGGGUGUUACUUCUGUGUGAAGCAGUAUGCUCUGGAGUGUUCCCGCAUUCCCAUGGGCCAGACAGUCAACUCCCAGGUAAAUGCUGGACUCUUUAUAGUCACAAUCCUCAUCUGUGCCUUUGGGCAGGUUUUGAGAGAACCAAUAAGCCUCAUUUGUGUCGUCACUUUUAGAGGCCUUUGUAUUUACAUCCCUCUAAUGUAAAUGUCACAGAGGUGAGAUGGUGGGAACGAGCCCCCUGCACAGCUUUCACAUGAGGUCAUACCAGAUGUGUUAGGGCUCAUUUAUGCUGUCAUUACAGCCGUAAAUAGAUCCAUCCUUGCUAAACUGUGUGACUACCACUACCUCCAUUUACUGCCAGCAUCCUUUACAUUGAGAUCUAUGUCAGAUAACAUGCCCACCAAAGGGCGCUCAAACAAACUAGUCUUGUGUGGACGUCACUUUUCCCGUGCUGCCACCUGCCUGACAUUCAGCUCCUGCCUGGUCUCCGCUCAGUCCUUCUGUUGUAGUCAUCUGUGUCUGUGCCUUUGUAGAGUCAAAACUGAUAUAUUCAGAGUUUCUGACCAACUCCCACAAUCUACUUCAUCUUUCUCCAAUGUUCAUAUCUUUGUUUUACUGUCCACCAGCUGUUGGCUGUACUAGACAUAGUGGUGCUGCAACAUUUGGUUCAUAAAUGUGCAGAAAUACAAAGAAUGGACAGAAAUUUGAUUGUUUGGGUUCUCAUGUCUCAGGUCUUUUCAUCUAUUAUUUACAGUCAAGUCAUAAAGUCUGAUUGCUGUUCGUAUAAAAGAUCUUCUGAAUCUUUCUGUCCUGCAUUGAAGUGAGAGGAGCCCUCCACCACCAUUGGCCCUUUGAUCCAUUAAGGUGUUAUUAAGUGGAUGAAUGAAGUGAAGCAAGUAGAGGACAGCAUCAUCCACUCCAAUGUGUUCUUUGUAUGCAAACUGCAGGGAUUCCAGUUUGUCUUUUCUUUUUAUUGCUGUGUCCAGAGAUGGUACUGAUUCCUCUCCACACUUCACGUUCAUGUUGCUGUGUUGUAAAUUCUUCUCUAUCUUCUUUUUGUACUCCACCUAUCCAUCUUCAGUCUCCUCUUCAACUCUUAUUGCACUUGUUUGAGUUGUUCUUUGUCACCAUCUUUAAAAGCUUUCUUUUUCUGGUUGAGGAUUGCUUUUAUGUCUCUUGUGAUCCAUGGUUUGUUGUUGGGGAAACAGCAAACAGUCUUUGUGGGUAUAACUGUGUCUCUACAGAAGUUGACAAAUUAAGUAAAGCAGUCAACCUGUUUAUCAAUGUUCAUACUAUCCACAUCUGUUUCCAGCAGCACAUUCCAGUCUGUUGUUUUAAAACAGUCCCUUAGAGCUUCACUGGCUUGAGGUGUCCAUCUUCUUAUUUAGACUUUGGUCACAGGCUGCCUCAGUACACAAGGUCUGUAACAGGUUUGGAGAUAGACCAAGUUAUGAUCUGACUUGCCCAGUGGUGGUAAGGCAGUGGUUCUGUAGGCUUCUUUGACAUUGGCAUCAGGAAGAGUUGAAAUUGAUAACAGCUUUUUUAACUGUUUUUCACCCUUUAGUUGUUUUUCAACAUUUUCUUUGUUUCUUGUUAUUGGUUCUCUUUGACACGAUCACACUCUUCCAGCCUUGGACUUCCCUCAGUAUUCCAGUUGUUGAAAUCAUUUUAACUAGAUUUAUGAGUUAGUUUGAGAACAGAUCUGGAUCUGGGAUUCAGCUGUAGAUCCUCCAUUCCUGUAGGGCCUUUCUGUUUUCUUUAAAGAGUUUAUACUGAAACUCCAAAGUGCUCGAUCUGGAGACCAGCCGUAUUCCUCUACUGUGUGCAUGUAGGUGUGUGUGUGUGUGUGUGUGUGUGUGUGUCGUCUUAGUCAAGGUCUGAGAGGUUUCUCAUUCAUUAUUGUCGUAUGUUGAUGAGUCUGGCUUUCCAUCCAUCUGUUUGUGUGUCUGCCUAGUCCCACCACAUGUCAUCUCUCCAUCAGGGCAGCCUCCUCACCAAACCUCGUUGCAAGCCGUUCCCAGAUGUCACCCCUGUAUCUGACUGUGCGGUAUGUUCCAGAUAUUCUCAAGGGAGGGGUGAACCACUACAAUCAGGUGUCACCUCUGCCUGCCGCUCUGCUUGCUGCAAUCCGUCCUGGUCUCUUUCUUUGUUAAUUUUAAUGUUUGGGUAAUUCGGGCAAUGAGUGGGUUUCUGCAAUCAUUCUGCCACCAUGUUCAUCACAGUGGCUGGUGACAGUAACCUUGGUAAGAUGGACGAAGGAUCUCAAAGUCUUGCUUGUAUUUUCUGUAGCUGUGGAUCAGGGCUGGGUCAAGCUCCCCGUGAUUUGCUCUCCAUCCUUUCGACAGGCUGCCCAUCUCCAUGCUUGCUGGUUUUGAAAUUCAUGGGUGUCUCAGCCUCUCAUUUUUUUUCAGUGUCCGUGCAGCCACUGUUGUUCUGUUUGCCAUUUCAUUUACAUACUCACUGUUUUUCCUCUUACCUCUCCGGUGUCCUUGGUGUUGACUGAAGCUGUAUCAUUUUUUUUUUCUCUUUUACUGUUAGCCUGUGUUGUGAUGAUUGUAUGAACACAGUUUCUGCUGCUCUGCUUGUCCUUGGAAAUUACAGCAUCAGUGAAGUCAGGCUAUUUCACCUGACAGUCAGUUAAUUCAAGUUGUUCCAUUGAUCAAUAUUACUUUUCUAAAUGGCCACUUUUGUGAGUUUGAAGGUUAUGUAUGUAGACUCUCUCAGACAUCAAAAGUAGGGAGGCUGCCGGUGCUCCAUGUAGUUUUAUCAAGACAAAGCUAUUGGAUGUAAGACAGCCAUUUGAUGUGUUAAGACUAAUAAAGACUGACCCAGAAAACCUCCUUCUCCAAUAAAGCACAAGCAUCAGGAGGAAAUGAAGAGUAAAGGGACAGCUUUUUCUUCAUGGUUUAUCUACAGGAUCCUGUCUAGGAAAUCAAAGCUGCUGACUACUGCUCCUGGUGCUGUCAUAAAGCACCAUCCAUUUAAUUAGAUUCUUCAAAAUGUUAGUAGUAAUCCAAGGCUAAAGGUUUUUCUGAGGAAAUAAAAUAAAAAUAUACGAAAUAUGAUUGUAUUAAAAGCAACAGGAAAAAGAAAGGGCAGAAGAAACCCCAAAUAACCAAAGACAGUUAAGUUUUAAAAGUAUUUCGUGUUUGAUAUACAGAAAGUUUAUGUAUAAAAUGUCAUAUUUGAGAGAAUCAUCCCACAGAGGUUAGGUCACUGGGCUGAGUCACAUUCUUUACAUAUGUUUUCUGCUCAUUUAACCCUUUAUGGUCCAACCAUCAGUGGGUCUCAUCCAUGACAUGUUAGUAUUUACACAGAACCAUCACUGGUACUAAAAAUCACUCUGGGUUCAUAAACACUGCAGAACCAUACCAAAUGUGUUAUAUAUUGAUUGUUAUAAUUAUGUUUAAAUGACGUGAUUCAAAGGCCAACUGUGACAAUAACAGAUAACAGUAUAAAUUAAAAUAGAGAUUAUUUUCUGUGAAAUCUUCUCUCGCACAAACUCCUCUGGAGCUCAGGAGCAGCUGCAGAUUUAGUGAGAAGUUACAAACAAAGAACUACUAAGAUAUUGAUGAAUGACGUUUGCCUGUAAAUUUCAUUCUGCUCAUGCUUUCUUGAAUGAGACCUGCUGUCAUUGUCAGGAAAUUGUCACUAUUAUUAAAUCACCAUUAUUAAUCUUUUUUUCUUUAAGUGAGGCUGACCAGAAGUUAUUUUUUUUUAGUUACACAGGUUUAAUAUCAACGUAAAGGAAAAUGACAAAUCUCAAGAUGAUGAACAAACUGCAGACAGAAAAUGCUCUUUUUUUUAAUUCGGGGUCAAAGGGAUGUCUGUGAUCUCUGUGGCUCUCAGACUUACAGAGCGAUAGUCUGCAGGGUCAAACUGACUUGUUACCAUCACAGGGGAUCAAACUGACAGAGGUUUUUUGCUUUUCUAUCAGAAGAACAAUCUAUCUCUCUGCGACUCUGUUAAUAGUAAUGACAACGUUCUCGUUCUGAGAUAUGAACACUAAGAUAAUGUCUGCAGUCUGCUGUCCCUUUCUUAGAUUAGCAAUUUCUAAUGUAGUAAAGAGGUCAUCGUUAAAAAAGGAGGUUGUUCCACAUUUAUGCUGGCGGAAUUUUAAAGGCCCCUGUGCAGUGAGACUGGGUUUAGAGUGACCCCAAUGUGGAGGGAGUCUUUAUAUAUGUUUUUUCUACCUUGUAACCAUCUUCUCAUGGAUGUCCUGUCACCUGUUUUAGCUCUCCAUGCUGUUUACAGAGGAGUGUGAUAAGGUGCGGGACCUGAUGCACGUUCACUCCUUCAGCUACGACUUCCAUCUGAGAGUUGUUCACCAGUACUUGGUCGGCUGCCACAUGACACUUCGACAGAGCUACCAGCUCACCGACUUCCUGGACGACUUCAUCUCCCAUCAUCCUGACAUCCCCAAGUUUGGCCGGAACCACGUCUUCCAAGGUGACUUUGGUGGUGAUUAAUAACUGCAGCUCCUGUGAGGCGGUUUUGGUGGGUUAGGAAACAAGCUGGAGUAACAGAGUGGUUUCUCUAGGACUAACAGAUCUAAGUAAGACCAAAAAUGACAAGACUGACAAAUGUUGUGUUCAAGAUUUAUUACCCACCUUUCUCCGACUUGUUUAUGCAGUUUGACCUCUAAGUCAAAGCCCAGUUUGAGAACUGCGGAGUAUACACAAAGGGCCCAAGCCAGUUUGAGCCCAGUUGUGUUGUAUACAUGCCAGUGAGAGUAGGUCCCCAAAAGAAAUCUGCCUCUGUGUGAUUUUGGUGCUGCUCCUGUACUUCAAAAGGAACUCCGUGUAAUAAGGCAGAUAACCUUACUGGAAAAAAACACUGUUUUCAUAUGUAUGUAUGAAAGUGUGAAUGUUCAGGAUGAUCUGGGAUGUUGUGAGACUUUCAAUUUUUUAAUUGUCUGAUCAUUGUGGCGAUUAGGGAGUUUCUCCAUCUCAACGGGGAUGAUAACAGCCCACCAGCUGUACAACUAUAUCACUGACCACGCCAGCACCUACAGCAUGAAGCCCCUCCGCAUGUCUAAGGGUACAGUCAGCAACGAUAACAAGAAAGGAACACCAGACCUACAUGAGUAUGCACUGGUGGCUCUCUGGAACAGGUAAAGUACUUCAGGACCUGAUACUUUCGAUAACAUAUGUUCUCCAUUCUUAGUAACUUUGUCUUCAUAUUCUCUUGGUUGUCUCUUUCCUCACUGCAGCUCUGGCUCUUAUAAGGACCUGGAAGGCCUGCACCACCAUGAUGACUUUGACGUGUCCUUGGUUGCGUGCCACAAUGCUGCCCCCUUUGAGGAGCAGUCAGACGGGGAAAGGCAUUUGCUGAGGUACAUAGAUGUGAGAUUUAAGUGUAACAUCACACAGUACAUGCAAACCAUACAGGUGUGUGUUUUAACUUCUACCUGCAGAACUUUUUUCUUACUCUCAAAGUACUUGUUAAAUAACCUUUUUUUAAUGGGUGCAACAUUUUCACAACAUCUUCUUAACAACAUUGAGGGUGUUUCCUGCUCUUUCACCCGUUUCCUGCUCUCUCCUGUCCUCACUUCUGCAUAUUCCAUACCAAUUUACCCCCAAAAGCCCCAAAACAUUCUUAAACAGAUAAUAACUCAGCGCUCAUCUUUUAAAAAGGACCUGUUACAGUCUGUUUUCGUUUUUCACCUAGGUUGCGGUUCUAUGUAAUCAUGACCAGUCAGAGAGAGCUCUUUCCUCGCCUCACUGCUGACAUGCGCCGCUUCAAGAAACUUCCUCAGAUCCAUCGUGAUCCUGAUGAGCCGGGUGGUCGGCUGCCCCCUGAUCGAGCAGAGGCUGGUGGACCCCAGAGCACUGAACAGGACCUUUGGGAGGAAACCUCGUCUGAAGCAGCAGCUGCCCUGACCCCCAUUGAUAGCAGUGAGUUUUUCCCUGUGGCAGGGGCUGGGGCAGACGCAGAGGUCCAGGGGCUGCUCUACCCGUCUCCACUGUUCCCUCUGCUUAAUAAUGAGGUUGCAUCCGCCCACCGACUGAUCCAGGCCAGUGUGGAGCAGGCCAUGGGUCACUGCCGCAGGGAUAACCUGUGGAGAAGGUUGUUCCAUGGAGAGCACCUGGCCCUGGACAAACUAAAGCUGACCAAGCUAUCGUUCGGUGAGCUGGAGGAGCUUUUGGAGGCUGUGCAGAGCCGCUCAGUGGGAGAGAUCGACCCGCAACUGGUAAGAACAUUCCCUCAGCUGUUUUUCAUCCUCUAAUCUUUGGUGGUAGAUCAGAAGAUGGUAUUGGGUGAUAUUCCACUUGAGCCUCAAAUCUGAAGAACUUGAGUGCUUCUCUCCACUGAACAUGGAGGGUUUUAAUGAAUCACUAGUGAUAGAUUAUACGGUGAAAGUCACUGUGAUGUGUUUUGUUGCAGGACUGUUUCCUGACCAUGAGUCCAGCCUGGUAUCAGAGUCUGAUCAAAGUUCUGCUAAACCGUUUCCCCCAGAGCUGCAGACACUUUGAUGACAACGGCAUUCAGUAUCUGGUGAGAAGUUUGUCUCUGAAUCUCUGUUUUACAGUGGGAUCUUCCAAAGGGGUUGUGUAAUGUGCUGUUUGUAUUUACAUCGGUACAAUAAGACACCACUAUAAGCCUUACAGCUGUGUGUUCAAUGAAGGAAACUGUGAGUUCAUAUGGAAGAAAAAACUCUUGAGGGACUGUUUGAACUUUGUACGAUCAUGAGAUCUUUAAAUCACUAGUUUCAUUUGUGAGCAGGAAAGCUGUAGAUGAAACAAAUGUUCUUUUUAACACAGUUCAGUGAUAUGAGCUGCAUCAGAUUUUAUGAAGUAUUUAUGAGUUUCAGAAGAAGAACUUUAUUGAUCCCCAAAUGGAAAUUCAAUUGUCUAGUCUUAUGUCUCAAGUCAUCUACUAUUUACAGAAGAAAUAUAAAGUCUGAUGGCUGUGAGUAAAAGAGGUCAAGGUCAAACUAACAGGAUAUAGUUCCUUGUGUUAAAAGUGUGAAGUCUGCAGAGGCAGUUUCAUAGUUGCAUUCCUCUUCAGCAGAUCUCUGAUUUCAUGUCCUCAAACAAAUAUUCACAUUUUAUUUUCAACAUGAACCCAACAGUACCCUUAUGUUGGGAGAGUUAAUAAGUACUUAAGUGAUUUUAAUUAAUUCUAAAUAAAACAUGAUUGUUGGUGGUUUACCUCUCAAUCUUUUCCCUUAACAGGCCGUUCUGAACCAGAAGUUCACAGACUGCUUUGUUUUAGUCUUUCUGGACAGUCAAGCUGGAAAAACAGUAAGUCUUUAAACUGAUAUAGUUUUAUAUCAAAGUACCAAAUAUUUGGACAUCAGACAUUGGACAUUUUUCAUCAUCUUUCCUCCACAGAGUCUGAAGGUUGUGUUUCGUGAACCACUGCCAGCCCAGCAGCAACCCAGUAGCAGCCCACCUCCUCAGCUGGUAUCCAUGUAUCAUCAUCUGGAGUCUGUCAUCAACACCGCUUGCUAUAACCUCUGGACAGGACUCUUGUAGAGCCCAUCAUUAGUGGAUCCAGGCCUCACUUCAUGUCCAUGUGACUACAUUUGUAAUAGGACAGAGACUUUAGCAUGAAGGGGUGAUCACUGUCAGCAUGCUCCCUGAUGGAGCAGCAUCAAAGAAGCCUGAUCUCCAACAGGAAUGUCGCUGCUACUGCAACACCUGAUCAGCUGAUCAGAUCCAUACUAAAGACGUUCUCACGUGUCUUAAAAUUAAUAUCCAGCCCAGGUCGGAAUCAGAGGCAGGGUCUUAAUCAAGCCCUUCACUUCUCUGUCAGUCAUGCUUCGGUCAGCCCACACAGACACUAAAAGAGGUGAGGGAAAAAAAUCUGUGACACCACUGACUGUGAAAUGAUCCAAUUUAGUCAGAGAAAUCCCACUCCGAUCAGCAUCAGUGGAAAAACCCUUAAAAUCAUCCCAGUACCAACUUUACUAGUGCAACCUGAAACUCUGUUGUCUGUGUACAUGUAGUAAAAAGUUCUGGAGAUCGCAGAAGCCUAAUGUUCCUCUUUAAUGAGUCGUUUCUCUUCAAACUGGAAAUACAGACAGAACUUUAAAAAGUGUAAUCAGUUUGUUCAUUGGACCACAAACGUUUUGACAAUGCUUUGACAGUUUCUAGACUCUUCUCUAUCACCCCCCCAGUCAUGGAUUCUUAAAUCAUGGAGUAAAUCAGAGGACCAGCCCCCAUGUUAGUCUGUCGCUGAGUGUGAGGACUGAACUCCUGCUCAGUUAUUGUGUAUCAAGGUUGAUUUAAUUAAGAUGUCUUCAAAAAAUACAGUUUGUGUUCUGCUGCUCAACAGUAUUCUCAGUAUGUCACAUCCUUCUGCAGUAAUACUGAAAAAAAUUCAACAUUUAAGGGGAUCUACUAAGGAACACAGAACAUUACUGAAGACCAAAUGACAGUAUACCUAAAACAAAUUUAUUUCAGAAUCAGUCUUGGAUAACCGAUCUCAGUCAAACGUGAGUUUGUUUGUCUUUUAUCAUUUCAUAUACUCAGCAUCGCCCACAGUGACUAACAGUUAAACAUCACUGUGUCUUUAUUGAAGGGGCAUGGUAUGUACAUUUAAUCCCAACACUGAUCUGUUGUAACCCACUCAUGGACACACAGCAGUGCUCCUCUUCUUCAGUGAGGUACCUGGGUUUCACUCUUUAAACGGGGGAGCUAAUCAGGGAGGGGGACACAGCUAGUGUUUGUGUUCCCCUUGGCCUGCUGACCCCUGAGGAUGACAGGAAGGAGGUCUAUGCUGACUCCUCCCACUGGAACUCCUUAAUUUCUCACCCCAUAUUUAAGAUCUCUUUUAGCAGAGGAACACUGAAAAGUUGACCUCCUUGUGGUUUUAACAGUGAAGCCUUAUUUCACACUCUUGACUGAUAAUCACCCCAAAGUAUUGUAGGAGUUUUCUUUAAAGAAACUAACAAACUCUUCUGGUUAUUACAUCCCUCUUAGUCUUGAACCCUGUGCCUUUUUGAAAGCAUUUUGCUGGCUCCUGAUACACCAUGAGAGUUACGUAUGAGUACAGCUGAGUUGCUGGUGAGCAGAGUGAGUACCUGAACUAACUGCCAUAUCUGAUGUUGUGAAGUGCCUUACCUGGUUUAUUUAGUCCUUUUUUUAUACCCAGAUGUAUGAAGGGAUGUGGAGUUGACUGUUGUUCAGUCAGCUCUGCAUAGAUGGUCUUCAGAAACACUCAGCCUGCUGUUCUACAGCCAAAGUGCCUGAGUCCGUUCUGGGAAUUAUAAAGAAAUUGUCUUUCUUCUGAGCUAAAAAGGGUCAUUCUACAGCUUGAUGUAAUCAGAGUAGUGUUUUCUGUGCAUGUUCGUAGUAAAAAGCUUUACUUCAGGGUUAUGAAAUACUCUGCCAAGUGAUGCCAUCUGGAUAAAAGAUACACAAAGGCUCGAUAAACAUGGCAGAUUUUCUGAACAGGCUCAGAUUUGUAUGCAUAUUCAGAACAAGGACACCAAAUCAUUGAGUAACUUAGUGGGAGUGAAAAAUAAAGACCAAACUGCUCAGAGAACUCGCACUGAAUGUGAAACACUGGAUGCAAAAUGUGAACUGUAACAAAUAAGCUCUUGGCAUGUUGACUCUGUAAUAUAAAGAUUGCACCGUCACUGUGUAUUGUAUAGUAUUUACAUACAGAAAUCUUUGUACUAUACUUCAAAUGCUGAAAUAAAGCAGUUGGAUGAAUGGGAAGAUUUUGCUUUUUUUAAAAUAAAUUUGUGUUUAUAACAGCGUUUGAAAUGGCUCUGUCUUAAAAACCAAUUUUCAAAAACUCUGAUCUAGAUAACUGAGACCUUGUCAUGAAUUUGUUAGCUGUAGUGACAGGUCAUUUAGCAGAUGCUUUUAUCCAAAACUUUUUCAAGUAGAAGUAAAAGCCAACUUAUUCCCCCAAGAUCCAUGCUCAUGAGAUGAGGGAAACUCAAUGAAUAAUGUUAUUCAAUAAUUCGAUAAUGUCAUUCAUUAAAGAGAAAGAUUUGAAAUUCAUUAUUUCAAACGAGUCAGUAGUCAAUGCCGUGACAGAAUCUUCAGGUAAGGUCAGGUACAUGAGUAAGUAACAUGAGAAACUUAAAAUGUGAACAAAAAUUUAUUUGGAGGUCUGAAACCUCAAAGUAAAACACACUUAUUGAGAAAAACACUCAAACUCAUUAUCAUGAAAAAGCAAGGAAAAAACUACUUGAAAUUAUGUCUUCACAGUACUUCUUUAGUCCUGCCAUUAACUGAUGUACAUCAUAACUUUACUUUUUAGGUGGUUCACAGUUUGAGCUUUGGGUCGUUUUUGGUAGAACACAGUACUCUCAGUUGCAGGAAACAUUCCCAAACCAACAGUGUAAGCUGAUAGUCGGAGACCUGCUGAAAGCUGGUCAGGAAAAAUGUUCUCUGGUCAGAAACAAUGAUGGAACCAAAUAUUCAUGAAAGGAGGGGACACAAUUACUCUCUGCACUUUGUUAAAAAUCUUUUAUUACAAUUAAAAAACCCUGCAUUGUUGUACGUAAGAGCAGCUGUCCAUUCGUCUCUGUUGGGCUGAGGCCUUAAGAUGAAAAAAUUCCUUCAACAUGAUUUUUGGACCUUCAUCAUGGCAAACAGUGCAGAAAGGCUUUUCACUGGAUUGUAGAUGUCAACUCUAAGAAAGGCAAAGUAGAGUUAAAGAGUUAAAACAGAGUUAAAACAUAAUAUAAAGUAUUAAAGCCUGUACUAUUCAAACUUGUACUUGUGUAAACUGUAAGUACAUCGUUGAACCCCUUGCUCUUACUGACAACAGACUGUGACCCUCAUUUUGUGGUCGGACUCCUGUUCCAAUCACUUCAUGUGUUUGCAGUAAUCCUUCAUCCAGCUCAGACCCUCCUUUGUUGAGCCUAUAGUACACAGAAAUGAUAUGUAACAUCUGAACAGUCAUCCUGGAUUUAUAUGUCAAAAAAGGCUCUUACCUAGUGGCUUGUAUUCACAGCCAAUAUAGCCCUGGUAGUUGUGGUUCUCUAAUAUGUUGAACAGGUAACUGUAGUUGAGUUCUCCAGCACUGUCUGGCUCGUUUCUACCUGGGACCUGGGCAAUCUGAACAUGUCCUAGGAAAAAAGACAAAACUCCUUGGAAGACUGGGCUUUUCUAGUUUUGUGACUGAGUCUUUUAUAGGUCCAAAUCACCUUCACAUAAUCAUACCAACAAUAAUAAACUAAACCAAACAAUAACACUUAUGAUUCUGUUCUUACAAAGUCAGACUUCACAGCGUGUCACAUCAUCUCACCGAUUAUGGGCAAAUACUUUGAAAUGUUGUGUGUGAGGUUUCCAUCCAUUAUUUGCCAGUGAAAGAUGUCCUGCAAUAGUUUACAGAUAUGUUAAGUCAAACGGUUCACAGUUCCCACAUUUUCUCAGUGUGACUGAUAUUCCUGAACACAUACCAUUUGUAGCUUGAUAUUUGGCUUUCCAACCUUCUCCAGUAUUGCAGCAGCUACAGACAGAAGUAAAAAAGCAGAAACCAGCUGAGACACUGUGGCAGGUAGCAGGACUGUGAGAGUGCUGCUGAAGAGGUUUAGAGGUCAGCUCAAUGAUACUUCUGUCAAAGAAACUAUUUAUCAUUUUACAGCGAUCCUGCAUCUCUCAGCUGAACAUAUUAACCAUUGCUUUAUAAACACCACCCCCAGUCUCAAAUCAUCUUCUGCUAGAAAUUCAUUUAGAUCCUGCACUUUCACCAGGAGGCUUUCGAAGAACAUAUCAAAGUUAUUAACAUUUCGGAUCUGGACUACAUUUUUUAACAAACAGAGGCUGGUCUGUUUACUGGCCCCCAACAGAGAUAUGGACUCUCGCCUGAUUCUGUUAUUGUCAGUCUGCUGCUAAACUGGACCUUGAGACAAGCCGUGGCGUGGUCACUAAUGACUUUCCUAAUGGUUUUACCCAUUUGGAGAAAGACUCUAAAUUUAUAAUGGGUUUUUAUUUUUCAUAAAACGUUAAAAGUUUUGAGUCUCAACAUCUGGUAAAUUUCAUUUUAUAUUAAACACAGGGUUUAAAUGACAGCAGCUUUAAUUGCAUUUGCGGCAGAAACAAAUAAUUUAUCAUUUCACUCUAGUGAUUUAGAGGGCUCUAUUUUCGUGUUCGCCGGUGAGGCUGUGGAGGGUGGCAGGCCCAGCACAGUGGUAUUUUCGUGGACUGAGGCGCACCGAGAUCCGCCAAACUGGGCGUGGUGGCGUGGCAAAGGGAGAUGUCGACAGAAUCAGCUGCCGCAGUGACAUUUUCGUGCUCGCCGGUGGCGUAUAAACUGCGCUGAAAGCUCGCCGAUUCAAACCUGGUCAGCUUUCAGCGCAG